CGGCCGGCUAUACACACCGACCGAUAUCGCGCGGGGUACUACUAAGCUGCUGCCGCUGCUGCUGUCUCUCGGCCACGGCUGCCACGACGUUAAUAUACUUUUACAAAAGUAUUAUAUUAUUAUUAUUAUUAUAUUUCGGACGCGCAACUCCGGGAUUCUCCGUCGACGUCGAAAAACGCGAAAACACGGUCAGUAGUGAUUGUUGUUGUUGUUGUCGUACUACCGCAAACAUAUAGCAGUAUUUAUUUUAUUAUUAUUAUUAUUAUUAUUAUUAUUCCCGUAGUCGACGCGUGCACGCAGUCCGGCGGAUUUUCAUUCUCCCCCUUUUUCAAUCAUAAUAUACAAAGAUACGCGGACACGCGGUUGUCGUUUAGCCGCCGUGGCGUUAUUGUUGUUUCACUAUACAGUCUUGUUAUUCCGUCCGAGUACAGAUAAACACAAUACGAUACCGACUGAUAUUCUAUACGAGCAAAAAUAAUAUUGUUAUUAGUAUUCUCGGACGACGCGGCGUAUUAUGACUGUUGUUGUUACUAAUCGAUGUGUCCGGCGAUACAACGUCGUCCCAGUCGCCGUCGUCGUCGCUGCCGCUACAGACGCCGUUGUCGUUUCGAGCGUGUGCGCCACUACACUGGUGCUGCCGCGAUAAUAUCCGCGCCGCCGAUGGUGUGGAAAGAAGUAUUUCAUCCUCGGUAAACUUGACGGUACCAGUGAUGACGUUCGUCGCAUCCCCGUCGGAACAAUGUUGUCGUCGUAGACCACUACAACACAGCGCCGUCGCCGCCGGUAGUACAACUGCAAUCGUUUUCCGCGAUCCGCGGUUUCCCGUCAAAGGUAUACUAUAAUAUUAUGAUUACAUUUAAUAAAAAAUAAUUUCGAUACAACGCAAUAUUGUUAUAAUUAUUAUUAAUUAUAUUAUUACUGUUAUAAUAUUAUCAAUAAAUUACGCACACGCGGUAAAAAUAAGGACGUUCGGUCUUUUUUUCGGUCUUUAGUGUUGAGAUUUAUCUAUAAAAUGAUUUACGAUAAUAUUAUUUAGGGUCGUCUUUUAUCAUAUACCUACCCGGAUGAAUAUACGAUUAUUUAUGGCAUCCAACAUAAUUUACCUAGAUCGAUAGGUACCUACUUGGAUACAUUUUCAUCCAAACGAAUUUUUCGAAAUGAUUUCUUUUUUCCGCAAUAAAUUGCAUAAAGUAUUGUAAUACUUUUCGUAAUCCAUAUUAUCCACUUUUAGAACUUCCGUAAUUUUACUGGAAAUCCUAUAGUCACGCCAUUGCUAAACAUUCGAUCCCUUGUCCAUUUUCUUUUCAUUGUAUUAUAUUUACAUUUUCAUGUGACGAGUUUUUUAAUUUUAAUUUUAGGUAUUCGACGUUUAUUGAUUUUCUUAUAAUUAUGUUUUUCUUUCGGGAAUCCAGAACAGGCAGAACAUAUUAUUAUACCUAUCUACCUAUAUUUACACUUAUUGAUUAUAUUCACUGUGAAACUUUCUAAAAUACUAUAUUUAAUUCAAAUCUAUUCUGUGAUGGUAAAUAUUAAUGCACGAAGUAAAACACAGGAUUUAUACAACCGUACCUUUUUACUAAAAUACAAAAUGUACCUACGUACAAUGCCACAAUUACCACAGGUAGGCCUUACGAUUAUGAGGCCACCGCAUAUAUUAUAAAGUAUGGAAACUGAAAAAAUCUCGAGCUAUUAAAGUCUUGGGAAAAAAGUAUUUGGAGAUAGAAUUUUAAAAAAAAGUUUAAAGGGGAGAGGGAAGGGGAAGUCUAUAAAUCUUAAAUUUCAGACUCAAGAUAUGUACAUUUUGGAUAAAAAACACACCAUAAGAUAAAUGCGCUAUUUAAUAUAUUAUGUUAGUUUUAUGUGGAACACCCUUAAAUAAAAGCAUUAAGUCAACUAGUUCAUUAUAAUGGUACAGUUUGAGUCAUGGUCAGCACAGUGUUCUUUUACACCGUUUUAGUUUUUAAAAUGGAAAUUUUAAAGUCCAAUAAAUAUGAAAGAUUAAAAACGAAAAUUAAAAAUUGAAGUGUUUUGUAUACAAAACAAAAACAUGCUCGAACCUCUUGAUAUACGGUGAAAAUGUUCGAAAGCGUCAUCACUAAACUAUUUCAUGAAUUAUUUUAACACCGGCUUAGAUUAUUUAAGUCUCCAAUUAAUUACCAUGUAAAAAUUACAUAGAACAAUUUUUAGAAAUCUAAGGAUUGAAAAUCAUCCAAACAACGGAAAACUAUUAUUCAUAUACCAUCAUCAUCCUAAAUUACUAUAUGACCAAUACCACAUCAUCCAACAAAAUACGUCUUCGAUAAAUUAUUUUGCCACAAAAUUACAGUUCUGAACAAAUAUUUCCCAACAUUUACGCGACCUCGUUUAAAUAUUCUAUUUUUAUGCCUCAAAAAUGCAAUCACUUUCAAAACUCUAAUUUACAUAGGUUUUUUUUAACUGGAAAUCUUUUUAUUAAUAACAAUGAUCUUUUUCUCUUUUACCUUCAUUCCAAUGAUUUGGUCUCAUCCGCCAGAGUCCUACAUUACCCCUUUAUUCGAUCUUCCACAUUCUCGCAUACACCGACUGUUCUUAUAUCAUUUUCAAUCGAAUCAAUUGCUAGAUUCCUUUAAUGUGCUCGUUCCUUAUUCUAGAUUCUCUUAUUAUUCUACUCAUCCAUACCUAGAUAUUCUCAUUUCUACUACACUCAUUUUCUAUUCUAAUUUUCUGUCUAUCAUUCCAAACUAUAUGACAUAGUCGAUCUCACCGUAGAGUAGUGACCACACUCUUGUAUAACUUACCUUUAAAUCCCAUUGAUAUUCAUUUAUCGCGUAGAACAUGAGACGUUUUUCUUUAGUUGAUCCAACCGCAUUUCUUCCCAUGUUAUCCUAUUUCAUUUUGUAUCGGGAUGUAACUCUCUAAAGCCGUCGUUGCUUUUUAUAAAAGUUUCUAGGUACCUACAUAAAACUUUCAAUCUAGCUUAUGUUAUUAUUCGUCUAAUCCCAUCAAUCUCUUGUCCUUUACUUCUAAACUCACACUCUAUAUGAUCUGGUUCCUUUCUAUUUAUCCCUUUUCAUCACUCUUCAUUCCUCAAGCCUAUUGUUAACUUCUUCUAAAUGUUCUCCUAUACAAACUACAAGCACAUCAUCUGCAAACAUCAGGCACCACGGUCCUCACUUUGUAUUAUGUUCAUAACUAUAUUAAUUCAAACUUAAUUUUAAAAAAAUAUUUAUUUCAAUUAUAAUAUAUAUUAUAUUUAAAUAUAAUUUUAAUUAAUUAUUUGAUUUACAAAAAAGUUUAAAUCAAAUAAACAAAAUCAAGUGAUUUAAAAAUGUAAUUUAAAACAAUGUUUAAAUAUAUACCCAAUAUUCACUCUAACGGUAAACCUUCUGGUAUACGCAUUGAACGUUCAGUUAAAUUUUAAAUCAUCCAAAAUCAAUAUUUAAUUUUUGAAUAUUCAAACUAGAAUACAUUUUAAAUGUAAAGUAAAAGUUUAAAUAUAUUAUAAACUUUCCUUCCUUGGCAUUCUCAUAUUAGCCUCUCGACGGACACAGUCUAACUUAUUCUUAAUUUUCGUUCUUAUCAAUGGAUCUAUCGAUGCUCCUGACCUUCUAUCUUCAAUCUUAUUUCGCAUUUCCUUCUACCCAAUUAAAGACUAUUUUCUUUUCCAUUUGUAUUGUAAACUGUAAUAAGGCCUAAUUUACUGAAAAUUAAAAUGUAGUUUUUAAAACUGUAAAUUUAAAUACCCUGUUUAGUUCAUUAAUUGGUUGAUGUGUAGUUAUAGCUCGAUAGUUUAAGUUAGAUUGGGGGUUGGUCUGGUCGUCGGUUUGAAUUUAUUCUAGAGAACGCUGGAUUUUUUUUGGAUUAGUUAAAUCUUCAUUUAGUAUAUUUUUUUUUUUUGUUUAAAAUGAAUUAUAUGUAAGAUUAAAUAUUAUAUAUUGUAACAUUACAUGUAGAUAGUUUAAUCAAAAUAUUCAAGGUUAAAUAAAUGUUUAGUUUAACCCUGCAUAACAUUGAAAGUACAACUCAUAAUAAUAUUCAAGUGCUUAGGUAACAAUGAAUAAAAUGAAAUAGAAAAAUAUCACUUGGAACUAAUAACUAUUGUAAAAUUAUAAUACAAAGUUAAUAUUAUUAAUAUAAUGUGUAAUAAGAAUAACUGAUAAGUGAUAAAUAUUAAAAUCGCAAUGUAAUCGACUCUGCAUAAACAUUAAUUAGGUAUACUUAUCUCUAACGUUUAAAUACUCAGAACUCAUAAUGAUGGGAAUUAGUAUUUAUUAAUUUCACCGGUUCCAAAUCUGAUUACAAGUAUUAAAUUACCGAUAGAUUUAUCACUCAAAAAUUCCCUUACUAUAGUGGCACUAAAAUAAUAUUAUUUUUACAUUUUCAGCCCCUAACGGUCUCCAUUAUUAUUGAUUAUUAUUAUUAUCUGAGAUGCAGUUCUUCGGAUUAUUAUCAUUAUUUUUGUUUAGUACAUACAUACAUUAUUAUGUUUCAAAACAUAAACACGCAUACAGUGUCCUACACAGAUAUACACAUUGAAAUAUCUCGGAAAGUACUUAUUUUUUUCGGAAUUAUUAUUAUUUUUUUUAUAAAUUACGAACAAUUCUACAUUUUAGAUUAAAAGUGUAGCAAAGAAUGUAUUGGUUAAAAGUAAAAUUUGAUUGUUAAACAUUCUUUGAGCUUUUGUUGUAAAAAUUAACAAUUAUUAUUGAAUUAUAAAAAAAAUAAUUGCAUACCAUUGCAGGAUAUCGAAUAUAUGGUAUAUAUCUGAAAAAAAAAGCGGUUUCUUAUUUUGUGAAAUAUCUAAAACAAAUUAAUUUACCUAGAUAUAAUAUAAAACAACUGAAUAAUAAUUUUUAAUUCGUUUUCACGGACGUCAUAAUUCCCCGUCUAUGUAUCGUAUUAAUUGAUAAUUCAAUUAUAUUCCAAUAAAUCACAAACUAAAGCAAACUCAAUUACUGUAGGAUAUCAAGAUACAAAAAUGUCACGGAUCCUAUUACGUAAAGUUAAUAAAAUAUUUAAAUUUUUACUCAGAAAAAAUAUUGAAUAACGAAAAACCAGUAAAAUAAUCACCAUCAAUAGGUAAUUUAAUAUUUGAAUUUAAGCAGUGCUUGAAAUGGGGGGAAAAAAAAAGACGGAUUUUAUAGUUUAGAAACCGUUGUUGCAUGGUAGAUAAUAAGUUUUCACUGCAUAACCUCGUGUAUUAAAUGUUUGUCACGAGAUAACAAAGAAUGUAUUGGUUUUACUAAGAUGUUUUUUUUUUUAUAUCUUGCUCUGAUUUACAAAAAUUUUCUUGGGAUGGUAUUUUAGGAAGAUCAUUUUUUAAUUUUCCCUGUAGUUCUCCCAAUAAAAGAGAAAAACUGAGAAAAAACAUAAGAAAAACGAAAAAUUUACGAAAAUAAUGCUUUUAUUAUUUAAAAUGUUGUUUUCUUGUUGUAAUUCAGUCAAAAAUAUUUAUAGAGACUUGAAAUUCGGAUAGAAAACUUAUACUUACAUUUUUUAGACGUGGUAACAUUUUCAAAAUAUUUAAGCCAUUUUUAAUCUAUUUAUAGACAUUUUAAUUUUGCGAGUUUUGUACGUAAUUUUUAUUAGGUAGGUACUCUGUGGUAAAAUUGUUAGACUUAACAGAAAUGCUUAAAAAUUUAACAGGAUUUUCAUUAAAAGUAUAACUUUGUGGCAAAAAAAAAAAAAUUGAGUUUACGGAGUAUUUUUUUUUAUAAAGGAAUUUUAAUAUCAAAUUUUGCCGAAAAUCGUUUGAGUUUGAGUAACAAAUUAUGUGGAACAAAUCUUAUUUUCUUUUUUCUUUUCUUUUUUUGACAUACGUAUUUUGCCGAUUUAAAAACCAUGGUGAAGUCAGAAUUGAGCGGACUGUCCAAGUUUCGGAAUUAUAGCUUUUUGAAAUUCUGAUAUUAUACAUAUAUUAUAUGUUAUGNACCGAUUUGUUGUGCAAACUUUACUACCAGAAAUCUUGCUCGGAUGUAUGAAAUGUAGCUUAUUUUCUGAAAGAAAAUUUUAUCUCCAUGGUAAUUUAGGGAGGUCAGUUUUUGAUUUUUCAAGCGGUUUUUAUAAUACCCGAGAAGAAUGAAAAACGAGAAAAUGUACGAAAUAUAUUAGUUAAAUAUUACGAUAUUUUGUUUCUGUAGGUAACUUUUCUACCAGAAAUUUAACACCGAUUUACAACGAUAGCAUUUUUUCUAAAAGGAGAUCUGAUUGGGAAGGUACUUUAGAGAAGUCAUUUUUUGAUUUUCCAAGUGUUCCCCAGUGAAUGUGAAAAACCAGGAAAAACACGGGAAAACCUGGAAAAACGAGAAAAUCGGUAAAAUAUUAAACAAAUAUUUUAUAGAAAAUAUACGAGGGCUAAUCAAAAAGUAUCGAGACUGAUAAUAUUACUCGGAAACCGAGCGUUGAAGAGCAAAACGAUUUGUAAACCUUGCUUCUAUGACUUAUACUGAGCACAUCUAUUCGUAUAAAAUCUCUAUAAACUUCUUCGUUUUUAUUUGACGAUAUUUUUCUAAAAUUUGUUUUUCACGUUUGGCGAUUUUGUAAUGAAUCCAAAAGAAGCGGAACUCGCUGCCACUCGAGGGCACAUUUUCAGUUUUUCAAUUGAAAUUUAAUGGCAAAAACCACGAAAUGUUGCAUCCAUUUGAAACUGGUAAAAAAUGCAGACAAAUUUUCUAAACUCUCCAAAUGUGUCAAGUUACUCUUCUUUUGGGUUUAUUACAAAAUCGCCAAACUCAAAAAUAUAUUUUACAAAAAUAUCAGUGAAAUCAAACCGAAGAAUUUUAUAUAGAAGCAAUAAAAACAAAUGUACUCAGAAAAAGUCAUAGAAGCAAGUGAUACCAAUCCUACUGCUCUUCGAUGCUCCUUUUCCGAAUGAUACUACCAGUCUUGAUAAUUUUUGAUUAGCCCUCGUAUAUUGUCUAUUUAAUUUUUUUACCAUAAUAUGAUAUGUAUAUUAUAUAUUGUUGACAAAACAUCACUAUACACUAAAUUGUACUAAGAAUCGUUUUUUUGUUAACAAUGAUUUAUCGUUGCUUACAGAUAUGCAUUAAAUUACCUAUAACAGUGGCUGCACCCGUCUCUAUUAUACUAGGACACAUUUUUUUUCACCCUGGCUUUUUGGCCCUAAACGACUACUUUUGAUUUUUAAAUGGUAACUUAUAUUGAAAAUUCCUUAAAUAGAUGGAGUAUCAAUUAAAAUAAUUUUUGGUGUCGACAUUUUUGAUUUCCGUCAAGCUGUUCACGAAAUAUUUCACUUUUAAGUUUAGGUGUGGGAGGAGGAAUGUAGUGGAACAGCAUAUGUGUAGUGGUAGGCGGUCGUGUUUUUGACAGUGCUCCACUACUUUCCCCCCGCCUCAACCUUAAAGUGGAAAAGUUUUAACAAUGAUAAUUAUUUUAACUGAUUCUCUAUCUAUUUAAGGAAUUUUAAAUAUAGGUUUCUAUUUUAAAAUCAAAAGUAGGUAGCCGUUUUACCCCUGAAAAUAGGUUUGAAAAAAAAAGUAAAGUAGCACCUUAGAACUAUUUAUUUCGUAAGUUUUUUAAAAUUAAAGACGGAUAUACUUCGCACGCAAGAGUGAACCUAGAGGGGUACGGUGGUCAUAAUAUCUCUUUCCCAAUAAUUGUUUUUUUUAACUUUCUAGUUGGCCAUUUUACAUUUAUGAAAAACUAAAUAACUGUACAUAAUGGCUAAGUGGUAAUUUGUAUAAGAUUGUGAUAGUGAUGUUGAAUACAAUUACUUAUUAUUGAAAAUAUAAGUUGUAAACAUUACAGAUGUGUGCAUCAGUAAUAACAAGUGGGAUAUUCAGUAGUGAGAGGGAUUAUAAAUCCCAAUGUAAAUGGUAAUCGAUACUAUAAAUAGCCAACCGAACGUGGUUACUGGUUAACUUGAUAUCUUCUGGGAUUUUAGCAAAUUUUAACAAAAUUUAGCAAUCACUACUAAUAUUAACACUAAAUAGCAGUUUGUUAUUGCUAUAGUAAAAUAACAGUGCUAUUAUAUCUGCUACUGCUAUUUCCUACUAUCACUAAUAGUGACUAUAGAAGAACCAUAAAACUGUUCUAUGGCAAUUAAUUUUAUUUCCAACAAUUUUGCGUCAUGAUCACUGAUUAAGAUAUAUCUUAAUUCUUGGUCAUGAUGUAUUGUUAUCUGUAAUAUGUUGAUUUGAUGUACAUAUAAAUACAACAAUACUUGUUUAGUGGUACUGUCUUUGCUUAUAUUUUACUAGCUGUCCCGCGCCCGGCGUUGCCCACGCCAAUUUUUAUUAUUAUUAUUAUUAUUAUUGUUUAAUUGUGAAAAUUUAAUAGUAUAAAAAAUAUAGUAAUAAUAAUAAUUAUAAUAGUUUUAUUUUCCGUGGCAACCAAAUUAUCAUCCGUAACACCAAGGUAACCAUUGAAUAAACAAAAAUAAAUAAUUAAGCAAUUAGAUAUUCGUAUCGAAUAUACCUAAAAAACCUUUUUUUACCCCCUUAUGUGUUGAAUUUUUAAAAAUCUUUUCUUAGCAAAUGCUUACGUCAUAAUAACUGUGUACCAAAUUUCAGCCUGAUCCGUCCUGUGGUUUGGGCUAGGCGAUGAUGAAUCAAUCAGUCAGGAAAUGUUAUUUAAUAUAUGUAGAUUAUAAAUCAUAUUUAAUAAUAAUAAUAGUAAUAUUUUAUUAUUUAUUUUAUCUUAUUUGAUUAAUUAUAAAACUACUUUGUCAUUGGCCAAUCUAUUAUGCCGCUUAUCGUGUACAGCACCUGUUACCGUUGUUGGCAAUGAAAGGUCAUUUAGCAUAUUGAAAUUAGUCAAAAACCAUUUAAGAAUAACCCAAGAAGAUAUUAGGUUAAACAAUUAGGUUUGAUGUUGUUUUUUUCCGAAAAAAAUUGUGUAGAUUAGUAUCCAAUAGAUAAUAUAUUAUAUUCAGUGGCGUACCGAGGAGGUUUUUUUUUUAGUGGUACACACAAUUAGCUAUUGCUAUUUAACCGUGAAAGCAUUUCACAGUGCCAUUUUAAAAAUAAAUAUUUUUCAUAAUAAAUUGUAAUUGUAUACAUGAAGAUUGAAAAUCAAAGAUAUUAAUAAUAAUUAUUAUUAUAAUAAUUAUUCCUACAGGCCCUAGCGCCAUCUAUAAAUAUAUUAAAUUAUAUAUUUUUAUUAUUAAGCAUUUAUUAUUUUGUUGCACAUUUUUGUAAUUAAUGGUAAAGGAUAUUUUUAUAAUCUAUAAGUAUUAUUCCUUGAAUUUUUAAUUUACUUAUAAAUUAAAUCAUUUUAACAAUAUAAUGAUGAAACGGUUCCGACAAAAUUACAAAAAUAAGUUGUCCCGGAUCAGUUUUCGCCAAACUACUAACUUUGCCUCCCCCAUAAAAACCUCCUUGGUACGUCUCUGUUAGCGCGUGGGUGCAGCCACUGUUGUAGGUGGGAAGUUGGGAAGGUAGUAUAUAGAUGGGAAUUUAUUGUAUAUCUGUAAGCAACGAUAAACCAUUGCUAACGAAAAAAACGAUUCUGAGCGGAGUUCAGUUGAUAGUGAUGUUUUUUUAACAAUAUAUAUAUAUCAUAUUAUAGUAAAAUAAUUAAAUAGGCUUUAUAUAUUUUCUUUAAUAAUAUUUGUUUAAUGUUAUAUCUCGGUUUUUCACAUUUGACUGGAAAACUUUUGGGAAAAUCGAAAAAUGACCUCAUUAAAAGUAUCUUCUUAGAACGAUUUCCUUUCAGAAAUGGUGCUACACUUAGAAAUCCGAGUAAUUCUUUUGAUAAAAAAUUUGUUUACAGAUUAAAAAAAAAAAUACUUCUUUGUAAAACCAUAAGCUUCUUCGCUCCACUGAAUACCUAAAAAUUCUGGAAAAAAUUAAUAUUUACCGAGAUAAUGCAAUGGGUAUAUAUUUUUUUUAUAUACAUGGUUAAUUAUAUUAAUAUGCGCGAGUAAAAUUAAUAAAUUUCUGGAAAACCGGAAAAAAUGUAAAUAAAAAGUGGACGAAUUUAUUGCGUUAACGAUUUUAUUAGUUUAAAUUUAAAAAAACAUAUUUUUUAGUUUUAAGUUAUUUAUAAGCAUUUGCUUUUUUUUAGUGUAAAAUUAACGCAUUUCAAAACAUGUUUUACUAAAUUUCAUUCAGAAUCGCGUAUUUCGUCUUCAAUUAAUUAUCGUUUUCUGUAGUGUACACACGUGGUAUUAUUGAGUAACCUAAUCCAGCCGGUCCAGGGAAAAUAGGAUAUUGUGUAUUAAGUGUAAACUGUAUAAAACACCAAGUUAAAGAUUUUACAUUUUAUUUAUCACAAUACGUAUGCUAACUUAUCAAGCAUUUAGUUUUAUUUUAAAUUCCGAGCGUAGCCAGGGUGCUAUUGAUUUUACAAUGCUGUUUAUUUUCUUUCUUUCUUUGUUCUAGUCUGUGGACACGUUUUUUUCUAGUAAACUUGCUUUGAUGUAUACGUGUGGCAACUUUUCUGAAAGUUCGAGUUAGAUUGUACUUUAAAGAUGUCAUUUUUUGAUUUUUGACACCAUUUUUAAAUAAAAGCAAUUUAGUGGAAAAAAACUUAAGAAACCGUACAAUUUCACGAUUUCAUUAUUUUUACAAAACACUUUUUUUGUUUUCCUUUUUAUUUACUUUCUUAUGGUAUCAUUUCCAAAAUUUUUGACCCAUUUUUGAGCUUUUAAGAAAUUUUAAUUUUUGGGAGUUAUUUUGCUGUAAUUAGGUUAUAAAUACACGUGGAGACUUGAAAUUUGGUAAUAAUACUUAUAUUGAACUUACCUAAAUGUGGUAAAAUUUCUAAAAUCUUCGGAUAACUUUUUUUUACAUCAGCGUUUGGAAAUCAAAUUUAAACAAAAAUCGCAAAAAAAAAUAAAAAAAAAAAUACGUCACUUCAAAUUAUGUAUUACCGAACAACGUUCGGAAUCGUCUUUCAUCAAGUAAUGAUUUAUCGUUGCUUACAGAUAUAUAUGAAAUAACCUUAUGUAUCCUACCUUCUAGGCUUCUCACCUAAAAUAGUAGCCGCUCUCAUCCCCAGUAUCAGGUUUUUUUUUUAUUAUACAGUUAUUUAGAUAUUUAAUUACAUCAAAGUAAAGGAAAUUACUACUCAUGUAAAAUUAAUAGUAUUUUUAGGACGUCCCCAUUUUGACCUACGUAUGCAGAUACUUAAACUUAUUUUAACCUUUAUCAUUAUGAGGCUUAACUGAAUAUUUAAACAUGUCCAUUAGCAGACCCCAUUGAGUACAUGGUUCAAAUUUCGAACAUUUUAAUUGCAAGUUGUUGUAAAUAUAUUAUUAUUAUUAUGUCGUUGUGAUAUACGAGUCGCUGUAGUAUAAAGUCGUUUUAUAUACAUAUCUUGAUUUUCUAGAUAUUAUCUAUAGUAUACGUACCCUACGGAGCCAAGCCCGAUACUAUAAUUCUGUUUGUAGUCAAGUACCUUUAUAAUAAUAUAAUAGCUGUGUAACCACAGCUGAAUUGAAUACUCAAUUAAACGUAAUGUACUUACGUACCUACCUGUCUACAUAAUAUAAAUAAAUCAUAAUCCUGCCAAUAUAUAUUAUGUACUAUUAACGUAAACUCUACGAAUUCUGUAUUUACUUUUAUAUUUUAGAUUCUGAGCGGAGCGAGGAAUGUAUUAGUUUUACAAUAAUAUUUACUAUUAUUAUAAUUAUUUUUAUGUGAACAUUUUUCCUCCAAUUAUCAAGUAUAGCACUUUUUCUGAAAGGAAAUGUUCUCUGGGCGGUACUUUAAAGAGGUUAUUUUUUGAAAUUCUCAUUAAUAUUUGAUAUGAUGAAAAAAACCUGGUUCUUUAGGUUAAAAAGAUUGAAAGAUUAAAAAGCGGUUGUCAUUGGUAACCGUUUUUAUUUAUUUAUUUAUAUUUAUAAGUUUCUAUUAUUUUAAUAUUUUUAAAUAAUCAUUGUUGUCAUAGAAACGAACAUUGUAAUCAUUUUACUACAUUAAUAUGACAUAUAUAUUGUAGAAAAAGCUUUACUAUCAAUUGAACUCCGUCCUGAAUCGUUUAUUCGUCAGCAAUGGUUUAUUGUUGCUUAAAGAUAUAUAUUAAAUUCCUGUCUGUAUCUUACUUUCCCAACUUUCCACCUACAACAGUAGCUGAGCCCAUUACAUGCGAAGUAUGUCCGUCUUUUUUAUAUUAUUUAUUGUAUUAUAAUAUUUUAAAACUCAAAUAUUACGCUGAUUAAUAAUAUAGGUAAACAAGUAAGUAUAAGUAGGUACGUAAAUACUUGAAUAGCAAUUAAAAAUAUUUUUGUAAUUUAAAAAAAAAAUUAUGUGGUACUCGUAGUCAAACAUAUUUUUUGCUGCUUAAUUUAAAUUUAAUAAAUUUAUUUUUAACUACAAAAUUAUUUAUCGAUUUUUCUUGAUUUUUAUACGGGUUUCGUUAAAGUUAUGAACUUUAAAGUCUUUAAAAGACUUACUAAGAAAAACGAGUAUCUAUUUAUAACGUAAUAAAAAUGAAUAGUCAGACUAAUCAGUUCAACGAAUUAAAAUAUUAUUUUACAAUGAUUUUGUUGAAUAUCAAAUUACACAAUAAAUAAAAAAACGGUAGGUUUCUGGUAAAUCGAUAAAAUCUCCGGAAUUCGACAAAGAAAAAAAUUGAGUGGGUAUAAUAAUAUUGUUAAAAAAAAAAGAAUUUAAUUAAAUAAUUAAAAUGUAUUAUUGUUAAAGGAAAUUUUCAAGGGGGAUAUUUUCUUAGACUAUUUUCAAGUCAUAAAUUUAAAACGUUGCACGUGUCAAAUAUGUAUUUAAAUAAAAAAAAUGAUACAUUUUAAAUAAAUAGUUAAAUAUAUAACUAAUUAACCUCGAAAAGUAACCAUUAAUUUAUUUAAAGUGCCAAGUGUAUUGCGUAAUUUAAAAUCACACCAAAUCACUUCUUUAUAACUUCGUGUAGAAAAAAUGCUAUCAUUGUAAAUCGGUGUUAAAUUUCUGGUAGAAAAGUUACCUACUCCAUCUAUUUAAGGAAUUUUCAAUAUAAGUUACCAUUUAAAAAUCAAAAGUAGUCGUUUAGGGCCAAAAAGCCAGGGUGAAAAAAAAUGUGUCCUAGUAUAAUAGAGACGGGUGCAGCCACUGUUAUAGGUAAUUUAAUGCAUAUCUGUAAGCAACGAUAAAUCAUUGUUAACAAAAAAACGAUUCUUAGUACAAUUUAGUGUAUAGUGAUGUUUUGUCAACAAUAUAUAAUAUACAUAUCAUAUUAUGGUAAAAAAAUUAAAUAGACAAUAUACGAGGGCUAAUCAAAAAUUAUCAAGACUGGUAGUAUCAUUCGGAAAAGGAGCAUCGAAGAGCAGUAGGAUUGGUAUCACUUGCUUCUAUGACUUUUUCUGAGUACAUUUGUUUUUAUUGCUUCUAUAUAAAAUUCUUCGGUUUGAUUUCACUGAUAUUUUUGUAAAAUAUAUUUUUGAGUUUGGCGAUUUUGUAAUAAACCCAAAAGAAGAGUAACUUGACACAUUUGGAGAGUUUAGAAAAUUUGUCUGCAUUUUUUACCAGUUUCAAAUGGAUGCAACAUUUCGUGGUUUUUGCCAUUAAAUUUCAAUUGAAAAACUGAAAAUGUGCCCUCGAGUGGCAGCGAGUUCCGCUUCUUUUGGAUUCAUUACAAAAUCGCCAAACGUGAAAAACAAAUUUUAGAAAAANAGUAUAAGUCAUAGAAGCAAGGUUUACAAAUCGUUUUGCUCUUCAACGCUCGGUUUCCGAGUAAUAUUAUCAGUCUCGAUACUUUUUGAUUAGCCCUCGUAUAUUUUCUAUAAAAUAUUUGUUUAAUAUUUUACCGAUUUUCUCGUUUUUCCAGGUUUUCCCGUGUUUUUCCUGGUUUUUCACAUUCACUGGGGAACACUUGGAAAAUCAAAAAAUGACUUCUCUAAAGUACCUUCCCAAUCAGAUCUCCUUUUAGAAAAAAUGCUAUCGUUGUAAAUCGGUGUUAAAUUUCUGGUAGAAAAGUUACCUACAGAAACAAAAUAUCGUAAUAUUUAACUAAUAUAUUUCGUACAUUUUCUCGUUUUUCAUUCUUCUCGGGUAUUAUAAAAACCGCUUGAAAAAUCAAAAACUGACCUCCCUAAAUUACCAUGGAGAUAAAAUUUUCUUUCAGAAAAUAAGCUACAUUUCAUACAUCCGAGCAAGAUUUCUGGUAGUAAAGUUUGCACAACAAAUCGGUGAGGUAUUUUGUCCGAGCGAGCGAUAGCUGGGUUUCUAGGUACACCAAAAAUGCAUUUGUUUUUUUCCCUGUAUGGUAAACAGGAAAAAAUAAGUGCAAUUUUUUUUUGAAGAGCUCAAGACCACUAGGAUGACAAUAGAUAUGUAGAACUAUUCGGCUACGACAAUCAUAUUCUAAAGAAGUCAAUAUAGAGUUAUUUAACAUAACAUAUAAUAUAUGUAUAAUAUCAGAAUUUCAAAAAGCUAUAAUUCCGAAACUUGGACAGUCCGCUCAAUUCUGACUUCACCAUGGUUUUUAAAUCGGCAAAAUACGUAUGUCAAAAAAAGAAAAGAAAAAAGAAAAUAAGAUUUGUUCCACAUAAUUUGUUACUCAAACUCAAACGAUUUUCGGCAAAAUUUGAUAUUAAAAUUCCUUUAUAAAAAAAAAUACUCCGUAAACUCAAUUUUUUUUUUUUUUGCCACAAAGUUAUACUUUUAAUGAAAAUCCUGUUAAAUUUUUAAGCAUUUCUGUUAAGUCUAACAAUUUUACCACAGAGUACCUACCUAAUAAAAAUUACGUACAAAACUCGCAAAAUUAAAAUGUCUAUAAAUAGAUUAAAAAUGGCUUAAAUAUUUUGAAAAUGUUACCACGUCUAAAAAAUGUAAGUAUAAGUUUUCUAUCCGAAUUUCAAGUCUCUAUAAAUAUUUUUGACUGAAUUACAACAAGAAAACAACAUUUUAAAUAAUAAAAGCAUUAUUUUCGUAAAUUUUUCGUUUUUCUUAUGUUUUUUCUCAGUUUUUCUCUUUUAUUGGGAGAACUACAGGGAAAAUUAAAAAAUGAUCUUCCUAAAAUACCAUCCCAAGAAAAUUUUUGUAAAUCAGAGCAAGAUAUAAAAAAAAAAACAUCUUAGUAAAACCAAUACAUUCUUUGUUAUCUCGUGACAAACAUUUAAUACACGAGGUUAUGCAGUGAAAACUUAUUAUCUACCAUGCAACAACGGUUUCUAAACUAUAAAAUCCGUCUUUUUUUUUCCCCCCAUUUCAAGCACUGCUUAAAUUCAAAUAUUAAAUUACCUAUUGAUGGUGAUUAUUUUACUGGUUUUUCGUUAUUCAAUAUUUUUUCUGAGUAAAAAUUUAAAUAUUUUAUUAACUUUACGUAAUAGGAUCCGUGACAUUUUUGUAUCUUGAUAUCCUACAGUAAUUGAGUUUGCUUUAGUUUGUGAUUUAUUGGAAUAUAAUUGAAUUAUCAAUUAAUACGAUACAUAGACGGGGAAUUAUGACGUCCGUGAAAACGAAUUAAAAAUUAUUAUUCAGUUGUUUUAUAUUAUAUCUAGGUAAAUUAAUUUGUUUUAGAUAUUUCACAAAAUAAGAAACCGCUUUUUUUUUCAGAUAUAUACCAUAUAUUCGAUAUCCUGCAAUGGUAUGCAAUUAUUUUUUUUAUAAUUCAAUAAUAAUUGUUAAUUUUUACAACAAAAGCUCAAAGAAGGUUUAACAAUCAAAUUUUACUUUUAUUUUUAAAUAUAUAGAAUAUAGACGUAUGAAUUAAUUAUUUCUGAAUAGGUAGGUACUACGUCUCACUAUAAUAAGGUACCUACUCAUUUUAUUUAUUCUAAUAUUAUUCAUUCCACUUAAGUUCAAUCUCAAAAAUCGUAUUAUAUAAUAUUUUUUUGUAUAAUUCAAUAAGAAUAAUAAUUCGAAUGCUACACUUUUCAAUAUAAUUUAUUCAUUAUCAUACAUUUUUUGUAAAUAUUCCGUUCGGUGCUCUUGUGCUUGUAUAUAUUUUCUUCAGUUAUUUCUCUUAUUCGCAAUGAUGCUACUAUUAUUAUUAUACACGGAACUCGUUGAUUUGGCAGUGAGACACCAUCAUGAACUUCUUUGAAACGAGACAGCCAUGUAUAUCCUUUUAAAUGACAACAAAAGCAUUUUCAUUGUUUAGCUUGGUAGAACAUUUUUUCGAUUGCAAAUCGUCUUAUUCAUCUUUACCGUUGACCCAAUUCGUAUGAUUUAACUCGACAUUUUUUGUAUCAAAUAAGAUAUUAUAGUAAAUGUAAUUGUCAUAAUAUUAUUAUUAUUACGAUAAAGUAUGCAUCUUAACAUUUUCCAAUAAAAAUAAUACCCAUUUAAAUAAAAUAACCGAGAUUCGCUUUACUCUAUAGUUUUCGACGAAUAAUAUUACUUCUUGAAUUUGGCUCAAGUACAUACCACCUAACUAUAUGUAACCUAGUAUAUUAUAUGUUAUUUUGGUGCAAGUUACUAAAUUACACGCUUUGAAACACACCAUUUUGUGAUUAUAAAAAUAACUUUGGCUUUCCCCAUCCCGAAGGGUUAGGUUAGGUUAGGCUCGAAGGAUCGUGUUACCACAAAAUGUUUGUACUUUCUUUUUCUGUUUAUAUUUUUCACAAAUAAAUGUAUCUUGUUAUGUUUUGCAAAACCACGUCGGGUAGGUAAAAGGAGAAAACGUUUUAUUUGACGUGAAAUUUUAAAUGGACCAUUGAGAACACGAUACAAAAAAGUACGUGCAAAAAUGUUGAGAUAACAAGAUUCUCCGAGUUGCCUCGAUUGUCUUGUGUUUAUAAUAGAUUCCGAGAAAAUAGAGAAAAUUAUAAUAAUGUAUAUUAUUAUAUGAAUAUUUUACGUAGGUACUGUUACAAUCAUGAUAAUGUUUUAUUUAUUUUUAUUUCUUGAAAAACACUUUUUGUCUAUAUUAUUGUAUACUAUAAACAUGGCUAAAAAUAUUCAUUUAGAUAUAGAUACACGGAGGUACCUACCUACUUUACAUACAGGAAAUUAUAAACAAAUAACAGUCGAGAAACGGAAAAAGAGAUAUUUUUCGUAUUUCCCGUGACGUUUGGUGACCGAGAAAUCCGUCGAUAUAAUGAAUUACCGAAAAAAAAAAUCAUACAAUAAUAUUAUAAUCAAGAGCAUUUGAAUUCAAAUUUGAGAUUCACUUUAUAUAGAAUCAUUUUUUCAAUAAAGCUAAAAUUACUAUAGUGAUCAUUGAUCAAAUAUUGUAAUGUGCACUAUGCUAUUUAUUCACUGAAGCUUUUAUAAAUAAUAAUAUAUUUAUCAAAUGUAUGGUUUCUGUAUGUAGGUUAUUUAAGUUAAGACUAUCAUUAAAUCUCUUCAAAUUUAAAUAAAUGUUUCUUUAUUUAGGAUUCGCUCACCUGUCUUCUUUUUAACUUGAUGAUACCUAUAUUAUAUUAUGCAUGUUUUUGAUAGUAUUAUGGACCUUUGUUUUAUAUUAAAUAGUAAACUUGACCCUGGCUCCCAUAUUGAGUAUAUAUGUUACAAGACUCUUAAAACUCUUGGUUUUAUUUGUUAAAUAUUUCGUGUGAUCCUCAUGGCUACGUCCGUGUUUCUAAAAUUCUCAAUUUAGCUUUACCUACUUGCAUUGUUCAACUUUAAGGUUCCUCAGAGAACUACAAGAACUACUGUUAUUUUUCUUUUUUCCCUCUCUACCACUAACUACCUACAGAAUUCUACAGAAUGAAAAAAUUAGGUGACUUAUGUCUCUCGCCAAUGCGGAUCCCUCCUUUUCUUAUAACCAAAUAUUUUUGUUAAUGUAUAAUGUUAUUGUAAAAAUUAUAACUUAUCGGUUAUUGUACUUUUAGCUAACUUGAUUGAUACUAUUAUUAUAUUAAAGACUUUUGUUGUUUAUUUAUUAAAACUAAAAUAAUAAAACUAUUUUAAUUGUGUAUUAGGAGAAUACUUGAGACAAAAAUACGUCGAGUAGAAUAAAGAUAUGAUUUUAAUAUUACAAAUAAUUAUUAUUAUCUAUCUGAUAUGAGUGCUAUGUGUACAUUUUUAGUUUAUUUUGAGGCCUGAGAGUUAAAUUUAACCAGCAAAAAUUAACUGUGGGUCAAGAGACCAAUGAACCUCGAUUUGCCACUAAGAUAACUGUCUUAUAUUUGUAAUUUAUAUAAAAAAUUAUGGCCGUAAGGGGGAAAAAAUGUCUACCUUGAUCAAACCUCCCUUUCUUCUUGUAUUAAUUUCGUAAACAAAUCAAUUCCAAUAUAGGAAUACAAUAUAUAUUAAAUUGUAAGUAUAGUAUACAAUAAUAAUUUGUUUUAAAUAAAAAUAAUAAAGUUAAGUAAACUGCAGGUUAUUAAAAAAAAAAAAAUAAUAAAUGUUUUAUGGGGUAUACUCUAUUUACUAUAGUAUUAUACUGCAAAAAAAUAGGUCAUCCUGCGGGUUAAUGUGUAACUCGAUGGCUUUUAUGAAAAGCUAAAAAAUUCACCCACCUAUUUUAUGUGCAAAUUUACAAAGCUCUGCUGAUUGAAAUUUAAAUACAGUCUUGUAAUAUGCAUUUACAUAAACGCGAGACACAACUUUAUUCCCUUUUACUGCGAGUAAAUUAAAUUCAUAUAGGUAAAAUCUAAAAAGUGAGUAGAUCUGCGUAAAUUUACAUAUAAUUUUAAAUUAUAUAGUUGUAUUAAAAAAAAAAAAAACGUAUUGUACAUAAAUACACCUACAUAUAUAAUUUUACUAUAAAUUAAUAAUUUAUGUUAAAACAAUACAAUUUGUUAAUUUGUUACAUAAAAUCACUUUUUGUGCUGUCACUUUUGUCGGUGGGAAGUUGGAAAGGUAGGAUAUAGACGAGAAUUUAAUGUAUAUCUGUAAGCAACGACCAUUGCUAACAAAAAACGAUUUUGAGUGGAAUUUAGUUGAUAGUGAUGCUUUAUCAACAAUAUACAAGGUGUCCUACGAUGAUCUGCCACUCGAAAUAACUUUAUUCCGUUCAAUAUUUUUGAUAUAUUCGUUUUAAAUAAUUAGUAUGUUUCUGCGCUACAGUUUACAUCUGAACAUUAUUAUUUUUUUAGGGAGAAUAGGACUUAAAAUAAAAAGUUUAAAAUUUUACUAUAAUUGUUUUAAAAAAAAUCAAAAUAGUAAUUUUGUAAAAUAGAUUUAUAGAAAAUGUUUGAUGGUUGAAACUUUUGUUAAAGUAUGGUCUUUUAUUUUCUACGAUUUUUUGAAAAUUUGAAUAAUUGUCUUUUCAAUCAUAUCAAUAUUGUUUAUCAACAUAAAUUACUAUUAUUAACUGAUUGAUACUAUCUUAUACCUAUAAUACGAUAUAAUAUUAUUGCAUGAUAUUAGUUUUAUGGAAAAGAAAAUCCUUGUCAUGUCCCUCGACUAAUAACUGAUUAAAUAUUGUAAUAGGAUAAUCACAGUAGGUAAUAUUCACAUUUGCAAAAACUUCAAAAAAUCGUAGAAAAUAAAAGACCAUACUUUUACAAAAGUUUCAACCACUAUACAUUUUCUAAAAAUUUAUUUUACAAAAUGGCUAUUUAGAAUUUUUUAUUUUAAGUUCCCUACUUCCUAAAAAAAAAAAUGUUUUUAUAUAUAUAUAAGUAGCGCAGAGACAAUUAUUUAAAAAAAAAAUAUUUAUCGAAAAUAUUAAAUUGAACAAAAGUUAUUUCAUGUGGCAAAACAUUGUGAGAUACCCUGUAUAUGUCAUAUUAUGGUAAAAUAAUUACAUAUUAUACUAUACAUUAAACAUUUUCUUUAAUAAUAUUUGUUUAAUAUUGUACUUACCUUUUUUUCCAUUUUUUCCCGGUUUUUGCCAUGUUUUUCCCAUUUAUUGGGAAAGCUCCUAGAAAAAUCGAAAAAUGACUUCCUUAAAGUAUCUUUCCAGUCAGAUUUUCUUUUAAAAAAAGUUCUAUCAUUGUAAAUCGGAACAAAAUUUCUGGUAAAAAAGUUGUUCACAAAAAAAAAAAAAUAUAAAAUAAUUUAAUAAAAAAAAUGAGUUAAAAAUUAUUGAUAUGAAUUUAAACAAAAAAAUCUCUUUUUGGUUGACGUUUACCUCUGAUUCUAAGCUUAUGAAAUAAUUCCUACGAACUAGAGGGAAUAAGAACAGUAACUUAUAUUAUCUAAAAUUAUACUAAAAAAAAAUAAUUUUUCUUUUAAAAACCUAAAAUAUUUUAAUAUUUUAUAAUGAAAUCGAUAUGUAAGUAAGUAGUCAUAUUAGUGAAACAGGUUUUAUUGAAAUUGUAUUCAUGGUUCGAAUUCGUAUAACUUUUAUUAUUACAUACUAUAAAAAGAAUAAAAUACAUUUUCGCUACUGUUUAUGAAGUCAAUAUUUUUAAUUUAAAAAAUUAAAAUUUUAUUUUAUUUUGUGUACAAUAUUCUUUUUUUGUUUUUCUAACUAAUCGUUUGAAUGCGGCAAAGGACUUUUAACUUUCAUAUUGGGUGAGUAGUUAAAAAAAGAUAAAUAAAUAAUUCCGUUUUUGUUGUUUUUUCGUCUCGUAUUUAAUAUUUACAAAUAUGAUAGUAAAUAAAUGCACUUUGAACGAAGUUUUUCAUCCUGUUUAUUUUGUGAAUGUUAAAUUAUUAAUACUACAUAUAGGGGUUUAUUAUAUGAAAUAUAGUAAAUUAAAUUGAUAGGUAGGUGUAGUACCCGUAUCAAAUUGAAUAUUAUUGAUUAAUAUUUAUUAAACAGUAUUUAGUUUUCAAAUAAAAUAUUCAACUAAUAAUUCAAAAAGUGAUCGAUAUUAUCUCAGUGCGAAUUGACUCCUUGUAAACCUGAACUGACAAUAUUCCUACCCUUAAAUUCUAUUGAAUUAGCUCUCGAGAUUUGGCUAUUGAACUCCACAUUUAUUUUAUUUAAAAUGUAUAAUUACCUUGGCUUUCAAAUUUAAUACAUUAUAAAAGUAUUAUUUUCGUACGUAUCUAUAUAUUUUUAUUUAUAAAAUUAUCAUUUAAUUAAAUACAGGGCGAUUCAUUAAGCGUGCUCACUUUAUUUGUUUGGUUAAAUAUUGCAUAAAUUAAAGUUCUGAUUUUUGAAUUUGUAUAAGUGUAAGCUGAUAUUUUUGAAGACUUAAAAUUUCACAACAUUUAAGGAGUAUCGACAGAGUGUGACGACAUCAAUUUUGUUUUUUUCAAAUGAGAACCUACAUUAAAAAUUUCAUAAAUUGAUGCAUUAGUUUAAAUAAAUUCUGAUGUUGACAUUUUUGAUUUCCGUCAAUUCAUAUACGAGAUAUUUCACUUUUAAUUUUAGGUAGGGGGAGUGUAGUGGAGCACUAUGAAAAUGUUACUUGCUAUGCCACCACACAAAUCGUGCUUUUUAAACUAUUCUCCUGAGUAUUUUAAAGUAGUAUUACUCAGACAAUGUCCGUUCAGAUUUUGAUUAGAAUACGUCAAAAUGUCCAAAAAAAAUCAUCUAAUUUACAAUUUGCAUAAAACAUGGCGGUUUUCAUUUGAAAAGACAAAGUUAGUCUCGCCACAGGAUACUUGUUAAAAGUUUUAAAAAAUCUAAAAUUUGAAAAUACCUGUCAUAACUUCACUAAAGAAUUCCAAAAAUUAGAAUUUUAAUGUUUAUGCAAAAUUUAACAGUAAAAAUAGGAUGAGCAUGCUUAAUGAAUCACUCAGUUUAUAUUUAUAAACAAUAAAUCGAAAAAUUAAAAUAAUUUGAAUAAUAAAAAACUCGUCUGUAUAGUUUAUUAAUUAUACUAGCUAUCCCGUGCUCAGUGUUGCCCGUGCUAAUUUUUAAUGUGUUCAAUAUAAUAAUACACAUUAUGAAAAGUUCAAAAAAGAAACCUAAGAAAUUCAAUUAUACGAUAACUCUAUAUACAUGCAGAAGUAGAAAAGUUAGAAAACGCAAAAUGAAUCGAUAUUUAUACAUACACAAUCGUGUUUUGAUAAAAUUUAGAUUUUAAUGAUGGGAAAAAACGUCAAUUACCACAACAAACAUUAUCCACACAAUAAAUUGUAAUCUUAAUUUCUUAAAAAACUCAUAUGAUUUAGUAUUUUUUUUUCAUUUUUCUAUUUUUAUGUAUACCUGGCCCAAUGUGCUAUAGCUGUGGUGUGAUGAAAGUAUGUCUGGCCAUUCAUAAUUUUGUAUUAGUAUUUAACUAGGCAAGUAAUAAUAAUAAAAGUAUUUCAUUAUUUAGUUUAAUAAAUUAUUGUUUAUCCCUAACUUCAUUUAAACAAAUCAAAUGUGUCAAAUUAAAUCUUUGAAAUUCAUAGCAUCCUCCCCCUACUUUCGAAAAUAAACCCCGUUGCGCUACCGGUCAUUAUAUUAUUAUUACAUUGAUGGUUACCUCUACCUGUACUCAUGUAUACCACGCACAUGGUAAAAUAUUCAUUAAUAUUAUGUUAAUGAAAACGUAAUAUAGGUAACAAAGAUCAGAAUUAUUAUGAAUUACAUGAUUUAUUAACAACGGUAUUAGCUAAUUAAUUGAUGAAUGUACACUGCAAUAUAAUAAUAAUGUUUUGUACACGGAUAUAAUGAUAAUAGACUAUAUUACGGCGCAACGUUCAACUUUAUUCGAGGGAGUUAAAAACGGAAGUUGAUAUUGUGUAUUCAAAGGACGAUGUAAUAAUAGGAAUAUAAAGUAUAAUAUGAUCGUAAUAAGUUUAUAUCGUAUUUGUGUUAAAAUAAUAUUUUAUAAAUUAUAUGCUAUAGUCGUAAAUAACUCGUAAAUAAAAAGACGGACAUAUUUCACACGUGGAUGUUGUCACUGUUGUAGCCUUGUAGGUGGGAAGUUGGGAAGGUAGGAUACAGAAGUAAAUUUAAUGUAUAUCUAUAAGCAAAGAUUAACCGUUGCUAACGAAAAAACGAUUCUGAGCGGAGUUCAGUUGAUAGUGAUGCUUUGUCAACAAUAUAUAUAUGUGCCAUAUUAUGGUAAAAUAAUUAAAUAAGCAUUAUAUAUUUUCUUUAAUAAUAAUAAUUGUUUAAUAUUUUAUCCUUUUUUCCGUUUUACCUACGUUUUUCCAGAUUUUUUCUCGGGUUUUCCAAUUUGUCGAAAAAACUUCUUCUUCUUCAUUGGCAUCACAACUCUUCAAGAGUUUUUGCCACCACUGACACCUCCAUCCACUCUUCUCUAUUUUGUAAUUUUUCUUUCCAAUCCGGUAUCCAUAGUUUCUCUAAGUCCAGCUUUAUUCCAUCUAUCCAUGUCUUCAUUGGACUUCAUUUUGUUCUCUUCUCUGUAGGUUUCCACUCAACCGCCUCUAUACUAACUAUAACACUAUCGCUCAAAUCCUAAAAUUGAAAAACCGAAAAUGAUUAAUUUUCUCUUAUAGAUGGUUUUAUCUGACAAAUAAAUUUGAUUCAAAAAGAGCCUUAAACGACCAUAUUAUUAUUUCUAAAAUAACUAAAAGACUCAAAGGAAAAUGGCUAAAGGCUAAAAACAAAUUACAUCGUAAUUUUCCUAUUAGUUUGUAACUCUUCACUUAUAUACUGAGUUAAUAUUAAAUUACUAUUUGUACCAUAAAUUGUAAAUACGAAAAUAAUAAUUUAUAAAAGAAAUGAAAAUCGUAAUUAUGAGUUUAUAAAAUAAAUUCUGGUAUACACGCUCAGGAAUCGUACCUACUAUACUUAGUCCAGUGAUUUCGAUUCGAUUCGUAUGAAAUAUGAAUACAAUAAUAUCUACUGUUAUUUGCAGAAAUUAUGACUUGUCCAAUAAAUUUGUAUUUUUAUUUUUUCUGAAAAACAUCUAUAAGGUUAAAUAACAAAAAUCAUUCAAAUGGUAUACAUUAUAUACCUACCCACAUUAAAUGUAAUUAUUCCUAUUAUUUAUUAUUUUUAUAACGUAGUAUUAAAUUCGAAAGACUCGUAAAAACAUAUAGUUUUUAAGUAUGUAUUAAGUAUCUCAUAAUAAUAAUGUAUAAAUUGUAUAUCUCCGGUACUUUCGUUUUAAGAGACUAUUACAAAAUCUAAUGGCAUCGACUGCAGUGUAUGAAUAUAGUUGUAUAUAAGAAAACAGAAAAAAAAGUAAUAUCGUGGUAGUAAAAAAAUCUCUAUUUUCGUACACCCUAAAAUGGCUAAAAUAUAUAGAAUAAAACCCUUGUUUUAUGAACCUCUAAAAAUCAGAACCUGAGGCAAAGUACCUACGUACGUUCCCGUUUUCUUUCUUUCGACCCUGGCGUUUAUGUGCAGGAUCAACCCUAUUGUUUCCGUUCUAGAACCAUUGUUAUUGUAUGUUAUAUAUGAUGCGAGUACUAUACCAAAUCUCGACUCAUUAUAUUCUGACCGAGUUUUAUAAUUUAUGUAAUCAAUUAUAAAUACAUUCGAUAAGUACCUCAAUGCCUAUACCAGAAUAUAGAACAUAAGAGAUAAUACAUAUGACCUACAAAAUAUAUUUAAAUAGACUUAAAUCGAUCUAGUUACCUACGAAUCAAAAUAUAAAUUUAAAUUUAAUAAAUGUAAUAGUUGUUACAUGGUAGAUUGCAUUAUUAUUUGAGACUUGCUGAUUAAAAUACGUGAAAAAAGAUGUCCUACAGUAGAGUAAUUUCAACGAAAAAGGUAAAUUAUUUAUCGUUGAAACAGUAAAAUUUACAUAUAUAUCUAAGAUUUAUCUAGAUUAUAAGGGGUUCAAUUGUUAACAAGGUUUACCAGUAAAGGAUUCGGUGUUAGGCUAUUGGGGUAGUAUUUCAUUUUAGUAUGUAGUCUCCGAUAGUGUAUGAAAGGAAUAUCUUGGACGGUUUUUAUUCCGAGGUUAUCGUAUAAGUAGAUUGUUGGUAACAUACUAAGAGGCUUUUGCAACUUUGAGAAGAUUAAUAAUUUGCAAUUAUAUGGUUGACACAUUUAGUAAACUAUUAGAGCUAUUUUACAAGUUCCCACUUUCACGUAUUCACGUGAAAUUAAAAUUUGCAUAUAUAAAACCGUGUACUUAAAAAAUCUAUGUACACGUGUAAUUAUCUACGAUUAUUAUAUAUUUAUGUAUUUACGUGUAUUAAAUAUACGUGAAUAUAAAUUUACUCUACGUGAGUAUACAUGUUCUUACAGACUCGUGUUCACGUAUGUAUUAAUUCGUGUUUAUAAUCGAGACUUCUUGGGAGUACCCCAGAGGCCAAUACCGUAAAUUCAAAUUGGUCGAAGAAGAUUAGGUCAGGUUAGGUUUGAUAAAAUAUAACUCGAGUUGAUACAUUCAAGUUAAAUUUGAGAAAAAUUGUACAGUAAGUGUAAAUGUAUACUUAGUUGUUUGGGAGUUUGGGACGUCUAAGAUAAGAAUCCCAGGUGAGUCCUUUGCAUCCAAUAAUAGACUAAGAAACUUUACUUCAUGUUCGGUAAGCUCAGUUAAAUACUUGAUAUGACCAUUGUGAACUAUCCCAACCUAUCCAUUUUAAAUUAGAACAGGAGAGUUUCUGGAACAAAGGUUAAAUGUAACGUGAUUAGAUUUAGAAAAAUUGUUUUAUUCUAAAUGCGUGCGUAUUUUUUUCGUUUUUUUUUUGUUAUUUUUUUUUUGCAAGUUAUGAAUUAAACGAGUAACCAUAGAUAUUAUAUUUUUGUAUUUUUUCCGACAUGUGCGCUUAACUAAUUUAUAUUAUAGGUAUUAAAGUAUAUACUUACACGCGACGAAAAGGUCAGAUUAAAAUAUAAAAUAUCACUCCAUGUAUAGACUGGGUCGGGUUUUCAGCCUUUUUGCAGCGCCAGGAACCACGCAGGAAAAGGGCUACUCUUUUUUUUUUUAUCUUGUAAAUGUAUCGAGGACUGUUGUAGCACAGCUCAUGUAAUAAGUAGGUAAAAAACAAAUCAAAACAAAAAAAAAAAGGUUUAUAUAAUGAUUCAACGAUGUUGAGAUAAAUGCUAUUAUAAUCGUUGCUUCAUAAACAGACCUUAUAUAGGUAACGCAUUGUUUGCCCUAUACACAUAUAUCAAAAAUUAUUAUAUUAGGUGGGCGAUAAUUGAACAAUGCGCAUAUAUCACACGAGUGACCGUCAUGGAAAAAAUUAAAUCCAGCCGGAAGGUUGACAUCGGCGUUCAUAUAUUCAUUUAAAUAAAUCGUAUAAUCUAUUUUUACUCUCUUAUUGUACUAUACUGGACGUUAUAUUUUCUACUCGGACGUUUUUACUUAUUUUUUUUCUCGAAUUUACCGUGUAUGUAUAAUUAUUGACGGGGGAUUAAUGAUUAUUAAUGGUGAUUAAAAAAAUAGAGGUUUAUUUAUUUGUAAAAGUACUCUGGAAUAUUAAUUCAUGGGUGACGAGGUCGUUUAAAUAAAAAAAAAGUACUGAUGCUGGGGACAGGUGCAGUCAGUGUUGUUGGUGAGUAGUUGGAAACGUGGAAUACAUACAAUUAUUUAAUUUAUAUCUCUAACCAACAAUAAACCGUUAUUUAUUGAAGCAAGAUUUCUUUUUGAAAAGUUAUUUACAGGCAGACAAAAAAUAAAAAUUAAAAAAAAGUACACAUUAGAGUAAAAUCAAUAUAUCCCUCACUAUACGCUCAAAAUCUGAAAUGUAUAAAUUUAAGAUUCUAUUACAUAGACUAACUGCAUCAGAAUAUUGUUAUAAUAUUUACGUACUAAUAAUAACAAGAACGAAUUUUGUGGUAUUAACCUAUUAACCGAAAAAACGUCAGUUUAAGGCUUAAUUAAGUAACACAAAUGAUUUUUGUCUGCAGCAAUUACACUCUUUUAUUAAUUUAUGACGUCGAAAAUUGGAAAACUACUAUCUUAUAUAACUAUAACUAUAGUUAUAUAAGUAUAUAACUAUAGUAUAUAACUACUACUACUACUACUAAAUAUUAAUAUAUAACUAUAUUUUUAUAAAAAUAAUUAUUCUUUGUCUAAUGCAUCGUUGUUUUUCUUUACGAUACUUAACCGAGGACGACAAAAACGUAAUAAAUUUUACAGCUGGAAUUAUUAAUUCAAUUAAAAAAAAAAAUUGUAUACUUUGCAUUCAAGCUAAGAGGUACCACUAAAUAUUUCAGUUGGAUGACCUAGUAUUGAAUUGUAAUUCUCGGGAAAUGAUAGGGAUUAUCCAAAUACACAUUUUCAAAUAAAUUUCAAAGUUUUACCCCUUUUGGUACGUAUUUGCACCGUAAAACUUACUUUUUUUUAAAAUGGAAACAAACAUUGUUCCUAAAGAUUCGGAUAGUGUAUUUUUUUUAAAAACAAUUUUUCUGUAAAAAGUUUUUUCUAAUUACAAAAUUGGCAAAGUUAUAGUAUAGUAUGUUGAAAUUUAAUAUUUACGAAUAAUCUGUUAUUGACGAAAUUUUUACUAUGUUUAACUUAUACUCGAAAAUCGAAAUGAUAGUAUUUCCGAUAUUGUGAAAUACCUGUUUGUAGACAGACAAGACACAAAUAAACACUUCAAUUAUUUUUAUGGGGGCAUUUAAAAAAUAUUGUAUAUGUGGGUCCUCUUAAUAAUGUCGAAGAUUUAAAUAACAAAUUAUGAGUAGCAUGUAAUAAUUUGAGAGACCAAAUAAACGCUGCUACGUUAAGAGAAUUUUUAAACCAUUUGGAAUCAUGUUUGGAACACCAAGGCGGAAACUUUGAACUUUGAAUUUAUUUGAUAAAACUAUAGUUUCAAAUAAAUCUUAUUUUCAAAUUCUUAGUGUGUCAAUUUUUAUAAUUUUCAUUAUUUUCAAUUUAUUUCGGAAGAAUAAAUUUAAAAAAUAAAAGUAAAUUACGAAAACACAAAAGUGUUAAUUUAUGUCAUAUAUCUAUCUAUUAACAGGUUUUUCAAAACAUCGGAGAUAUCAUUUCAAUUUUCGAGUAUAAAUUGAACAUAGUUAAAAUUUCGUCAAUAACAGGUUAUUCGUAAAUAUUAAAUUUAAACAUACUAUAACUUUGUCAAUUUUGUAAUUAGAAAAAAACGUUUUAUACAAAAAAUAUUUUUAAAAAAAUACUCUGUCCGAAUUUGUAGAAAAACAAUGAUAUUGCUCGUUUAAAAAAAGUAAUUUAUAUUGUGCAUGCACGCACCAAAAGGGUUAAAAUUUGAAAUUUGUCUAUAAAUGUGUAUUUGGGUAUUCCCUAUUAUUUCACGAAAAUUCCAUUUCAAUACUAAGUCAUCCAACUGAAACAUUUAGUGGUACAUCUUAGCGUGAAUGCACUGUAUAUAAAUCCAUUCCCGAGAAUAGGAAUUCCGAGAAUUCCAAUACCUCUAAGCACUUAAACAUUUUUGUACAGGAUAAUUUAUUAAUCGUGCUUGCCCUAUUUUAGAUCCGAAGCUUAGCGAGAAAUCUUUAUUACUAUGAUGUGUGUUUUUGUAUUUUGUAUUUUUCUUUCUGUGAACAACUUUUUUACCUGAAAACUUGCUCUAAAAUAUAGACUAUUGCACCUUUUUUGAAAGGUAAUUUCUGUGUAUUGAGGAGGUUAUUUUUUGAUUUUCCAAGGGGUUUUCAAAAUAAUUGAGAAAACACGAAAGAAAAUUAUAGAUAAAACGGAAAAUAUUUACGGCGCACCGCGGUGUUACCGUUUUCAUUGUUUUCAUUGUGUUAUACUUUUCAUUGUUAUAGUUUUAUACUAGAAAUAUUACUUCAAUCCAAAAAAUGACAUGACAUCGAUUUUAUUCCCAUUUAUAUUUUGGUACUGACAGAGGAAGUCGUUUUUUGAUAUCUGAAGUAUUUUUUUUUAAUUGAGAAAAACCAAAAAAGACGAAAUGUUCAAUUUUUUUUCAAAUACGGCAUAACGAUUUCAUUAUUUUAAAUUUGUACAACAUAUUAAUAACUAAAUUGUACUAUAAAUAUUGCUCCGACAGAUAAACUACAAGAGACAGAUCUUUUUUUUCACUUUUAAUUUAGUUUAGCAGUAAGUUGUUCGUUUUUUUGAUUUUCUCUGUAGUUUUAAUAAUAACUAGGAAAACCCGGAAGAAACGUAAAAUGAAAACUGACAAAUUUACGGUGAUAUGAUAAUAUUAUUUUAAAUUUUUACGGUUUGUGUUUUCUACCAUAAAUAUUGAUCCAAUAAAAAAUCAUCAAGAAAUUUUUUGUUGAAUUUUUAAUUUAGUUGGUGACCAUAAAAGUUUUUUUUAAAUUUUCUUCGUAGUUUUUUUAAUAAUUGAGCAAAACCGACAAAUAUUUAGAAAGAACUGGAAAUGUACGAAAAUAAUUUUUUUAUUAUUCUAAAUUUUGUUUUUUAUAUGUGAUUCAGUUUAAAAUAUUCGUAGACAUAAAAUGUUUACAGAAAACUUAUAUUUACUUUCAUUAGACGUGGUAAAACUUUCAGAACAUUCGAGAAAUUUUUGAAAAAUUAAAAACUAAACUUAUAAAAAAAAAUUAGCUUAAUUUUUUUACUUUCCCACUUAGUAUUAAAAUUAUGAUACUAUACUACGUUUUACACUUUUAAAUUUGUGAAGCAUUCCUGCUCGGUCAAAACAUUCUAUCCAGAUAGAAUAACAUACAAACAAAACAAAAAGAGUUGAUACUGAGGACAGGUGUGUCACUGUUGUUUGGGGGACGUUAGAAAUGUGAGAUACAUAAAGUUAUUUAAUUUAUAUCUGUAAGCAACAAUAAACCAAAGGAAAAACUUUUUUAAAAAUGAUUGGAGCGAAGUUCGGUUACAUGGAAAAUUACGUAAAAAACUGACAAAACUAAAAUGUAUGUAAAAAGCUUAAAAUGUUUCAAAUAAUUUAUAAUUUUACCACUUCAAGAAGAGACAAUAUGGAAAUAAUAACUUCAUUAUUUUUGUAAUUUUCCCCAUUAUUUUUACGUUUUUAUUAGGUUUUGCUCAAUUAUUCAAAAUACUACAUAGAAAAUCAAAAAAUGACCUUCUUACUCAGUAAAAUAAUAAAUAAUGCAACAAAAAAGAUCUCUUUGUAUUUUUUUAUAGGGGCAAUUUCUGUUAGAAUACUUUAAGCGCAAAAAUUUAAAAUAAUGAAAUCGUAACAUCGUAAAUUUAUGUUUUCAUUGUACUUUAUUUUCCGGUUUUUCCUAAUUAUUCUAAAAACUAUUAAGAAAACCAAAAAAUGACUUACCUACUUCGUGUGCAACUACAUCUAAAUUGCAAAAAAUAGAGUUACUUGGCAUUUUUUGAUUAAAACAAUAUUUCUGGUAGAAGACUUUCCAAUAAUUUUUUUUCCGGAUUUUUCCAAUUAUUAUGAAAUAUCUUUGGAAAGUCAAAAAAAUGACAUUUUUUAAUUACUCUACAGUUUAAUUUUCUUUCAGGAAAGAUGCUUAAAAACUAAUGGAAGCAUACUAUAUAAUAAUUGAGAUAUAACAAGUGCAACAUACACAUUUUUCAAAGCAUUAAAAUUAUUAAAAUUGGAUCACGUGCGUGUGAUUAAACACGUGUUUUAUUUGUUGUUCUUCUAAUUUGACUUUUUAAAUAUAAUUUACAAUCAAAAGUAAUUUCCAAGUCAAUAAAUUAUUUUACUGGCUCUUUGUAGUACAUAGGUAUUAUUAAGUUUGUAGUUAAAUUUAAUACGAGAUUUUUAAAAAUUAAAAGUUCAUAUCUAUCCUUACUUUUGUUAACAUUAAGAUAUUAACCAUUUAAAUAACACCCAUUAAAAAUUUAAAAAAAUACUUAAACCUUUUUAUAAAUAAAUAUAAUGAUGAAACAAAUCUACUUUUCAAAAUAAUUUAAUGCUUUACAAAUAAUUAAAUGUGUAAGUGUUUUAUAAUAAAAUAAUUUCGGAGAGAGAUUGAGGAACAUUUGAAAGUACACGAUUAUGCUCUUAAAUGUAUUUUAUACAAUUUUAAACCAUGAUAAUUGGAAUAUUAUAUAGGUGUUAAAUAUUAAUUUUGAUACAAAAGUGUGUGCUAAGUAUAUACAAUUGUCGUAAAAUAUAUUAUAUGAACUUCAUUUUUACAAAGUUAUAAUCCCGUCAUUUAUUUUAUGGAUUAUGAUUACAUAAGCUUAUUUAUGAAUUUUUAGUUUUAUAUUUGAAAUCGUAAUAUACGGAGUGAUCAAUUUAUCUAUCAUAAGACACUCAUUAUCUCGUUAACUUUUUCCAGAAUUUAUUAUGUAAAACAUUUAAGAAAUAAGCUGCUUUACAAUUUUAAAUGUAUGUUAUUUUUGCCACCCUUAUUUUUAGGAAUAAAACCACUACCUACUUUUGAUUUUCAAAUGGCAACCUAUAUUAUAAAUUCUAUAAAUAGAUGGAUUAUUAUUUAAAAUAAAUGUUAGUGUUAAAAUUUUCGAUUUCCGUCAAUAUAUUGACAAGAUUUUCCACUUUUAAGUUUGGGUUGUAGGAGAGUGAUGAAGUAUCAUUAGUGUGGCAGUAUGGCGAGUGGCGUGUUAAAAUUGCACCAUCGCUCUCCUCCAACCCAAAUUUAAAAGUAGAAUAUUUUGUCGACGGAUUGCCGUAAAUCAAAAAUGUCAAUACCAACAUUUAUUGUAACUAAUACUUCAUUUAUUUAUGGAAUUUUUAAUAUAGGUUACCAUUUGAAAAUCAAAAGUAAGUAGUGGUUUUACCCCAAAAAUAAAGGUUACAAAAAAUAGCAUAGAUAUAAAAUUGUAGAACAGCUUUGUUCUUAAAAACUCUAGAAAAUGAAUUUGGGAAAAAGUUAAUACUUUCCCAGAUAACAAGUAUCUUGCGAUAGAUUGAUCACUCUGUAUAUUUUCAACGAUCUGCGGUUGCCAUUUAAAGUUGCUCGAGAAUAUAACAAUGCUGUGUGAUUUGAAAAUUCUGUAGGGAUAUCGUCGUGCGCUGUAUAAGAAAAAUACAAAAUAUUUUCAGUUUGCAGCCUAGGCAGUCGUCAGUGGACAUUCUAGUACCCAUUUUUCCUUCUAGUUCUAGGCAACAACAGUGGCUUAUAGGAGAUGUAGUGAAAAACAGUAUAGUAAUACUAUAGUAUAUAUUAUAUACUUGAAAGUAUAAAUAUUAUUUCUAUAAUACACUAGCCAGCGUUAUAAUGGUUCAAUUAAGACUACUCUGGAUGGUAAUAAAAAAACUACUGUACAUUGCGCGUAAAGACGCUCUUGAAUAGCUUUUAUAUUAUGUAACAAUAAUGAUAAUACGAAAAACGAAUUUAUUGUAUAUAUUUGUAAUAAUAAAUAAUACAUCGUAAAAUAUAAAAUGGCCGUGUAAUAAAUAACAUACCCUAUAGUAUAAUAUAAUAUAGAAAGCAAUAUUAUCAACUCUUAGAGAAUAGUUUUCCAUCUAUACACAUUAGGCGUAUAUUAUUAUAUUAUUGGUAUUAUAUCAGUAAUAUUAUAAAUUUGUUUUGAAAAAUAGCCGAUACUGUUGACGGGUGUGCCACUAUUAUAGAUGGGAAGUUGAGAAUAUAUAUUUAUAUAUAUACAAUAAUUUUAUGUAUUCUACCUUCUCAACUUCCCAUCUAUAUCAUAUUUGUUCUGAGUAAUAAAUAAUUGCUAACGAAAAAAUAUUAUGAGUGAAGUUCAUGAUUCAAAAUUCUGCGAUUUAUAUGAUUUUCGUAAAAAUUUGCACACUUAUAAAAUUACGCAUAACUUUCUUUUUCCACUUAGUACAAUUUAAGAUGGACCUCGUGAAUAAUUGUCAAGCAUUUCUACCAUGUCAAAAUGAUUUUAUCUACAUAAAACAAAAUAAAAACUAAAUAAAUUUGAAAAUAUCAAAUACCGAUAAAUUGUUAAAAAAUCGACGAAAAAAUUUACCACGUCUAGAAAGACUAAUAUAAGUAUUUUGUGAACAUCCCAGGACUGGAAAUAAUGAUAUCAAACAGGUUUCCACUUAAACUAAAUUUGUAUAACUAUUAUGUUUAUUAUAAUAAUGAUUUGUUACUAUAUUAUGACAAAAAAUUAUUUUAUAUUGAUAUUAUAUCAUAUAAGUACCUUUAUAAUACAAAUUUGUACAAGUAUUUUUUUAAAUUUAUUUGGGGAUAUUUUAUUUAUAUAAAUUAUUAUUAUAUAAAUGCCAUACAGCUUUUAGAUAGUCAACCUUAACAGAGUAUAACGUAGUAACAUUACAAUAAGUGAUGCACGUAUAAGAAGUAGCUAAAAUUAAAACAACUUAACAAACGUUAAACAAUAUAAAUUAAUAAAAAUAAAAUGUACAUGGUUUAUAAAAAAAGAGUAUGUGAAGUUUAAUUUAGCUAAUUGCAUACAUCGGCGGAGUCGUUGAUUGAUAACAUAGUUAGAGUGAGACCUAGAGAUUUGGAAAGGUCCAGAGCUACGUGUGGUACGAGCAAGGACAUAGAAGGUAAGCUGGGAUAGUUUACUAUUCGAAAUGUUAUUUACUAAAAGAUGUAUAACUUGAAAUAUAUUUUUGGGUAAACAGAUAAAAUAAUAGGUGUUAGUGUUUAAAUAUAGGAAAGACUACUAAUACAAAUUUUUAGUUUUAAAAUUGUUUUAAUUUUCGGAGAAAAGUUUUUUUUACAGACAGAGAGAAAAAAACUGUCCUAGGAUAAUGUGGACGGGUGCAGCCACUGUUGUAAGUGAGAAGAUGGGAAGGUAGGACACAGUAAGGAAUUUUACCAUACAGUACAUACCGAAUAAAAUUUACAUUCAAAACUCACAAAUUUAAAAGGUCUAUAAAUACCUCAAAAAUAGCUGACAUGUUAUAUUUUUUGAAAAUUUUACCACGUCUAGAAAAGUUAAAUAUAAGUUUUCUGGUCCAAAUUUCAAGUCUACAAAGUUGAUAUGAAUAUUUAUAUAAGCCGAUAUGUCAUAUGCUAAUAAUAAUAUGAAUAUUUGUUACUGAAUAUCAACAAAAGUAUAAAAUGUUAUAAAACGUUUUAAAAUGGCUCAAAUGUAUUAAAAAUUUUAUCGUUUCUACAAAAAGGCAUUAUAUAUUUUCUUUAAUAAUAUUUGUUAAAUAUUGUACCGAUUUUCCCCUAUUUUUCCCGGUUUUUCACAUCUUUUGGGAAAACUAUUGGGAAAACUGGGAAAUUACCAACUUAAAGUACCAUCCCAAGAAAAUUUCCUUUCAGAAAAGAAUCUACAUUAUAUAAAUUGAUGUGAACUUUCUGGUAGAAAGUGUUCACAUAAAAUAUAAUACAUUCUUCGCUACACUCAGAAUCUAAAAGAAUAUACACACGUCAUAGUAAAAUCAAUAAAUCCUUUGCUCCGCUCUAAAAAUAAAAAUAAUAAACUACACAUAUAUAAUAAUAAUAACUGUAUAAAACCUUUAUAAAUGAAAUUAAAAUUCAAGUUCAGGUAUAAACACGCACAAUUUUUAUAAGUGUUUACGAAAAUUAAAAAUUUAAUAAUUAUCGAAAUGUCCAUUUUUAUAGCAUUUUGCCUCUACAACAAAUACCUAUAUAAGGGCUGUUAUAAUAACAAGAAUUAUAUUAAAUCUCAAAACAUCAAACAUUAUAGACGGUUUGUGGUUAUAUUUUACGAAUAUAAUAAUAUUAUUAGUUUAAUACUGAGUAUUGUAUUAAAAGAAUACAAUUAAUAAGUUUCUCAUUUCAACACGCGCGUGCCGAUAAAAUGUCCAAAACAAUAAAACCGUUUAAAGUUCUAAAUGAUUUUAAAAAUUAUUCUUAUAACUAUAUUUUUGUAUACAUAUAGUUAUUAUAAGUAAUGACUGGAUUUAUAUGCUCUUAAAAUCCACAAAAAGCAUUUUAAAACAUCAAAUAUACAUUGGAAAAAAUACUUAAAAAAUAUUUAAAAAGCAUACAAAAGUAUAUUGGUUUAAAAGUAUCCCAUUAAACAGAUUUAACUUAUAAAAUAACAUUUUCUGACACCACCAAAAUUAUUAAUAAAAAUUAAUUAUUUUUCAAUAAUACGUACGAUUUUAUUUAAAAGAAAUUAUUUUGUGUGAAUCAUUUCUGUAGUGUUAGGAAAUUGAAUUUAAUAAGUUAAAGCCAUUAGUGGUGAACUUUUGAACGUCUCUGUCAUUUUUGCUUUUUUAAAUAUUUAUAAGUGCGUUUUUUAGGAAUUUAUCGACGUUUCAAAGCACCUCUUUGUAGAUUUUAAGAGAAUAUAAAUCCGGUCUUUAGUUAUAAUUAUAAAAUAUGAUACUAAUGUGAAACAUUAUGAAUUAAAUUGACGUGUUUUUUCGAUCUUUUUUAAAAUAUAAUAAUACACGGAGUCAACGGAGAAUUCAAUCAUGUAAUAAAGUGAAUAAUAAGUACAAAACAAAUUAUUAUUUAAUAUAAUUGUAUCAUAUUUCGGUUUUCAUAAAUGGCCAAGUAUUAUUGAGAGUUUAUACAUAUAAUAAUAAAAAAAAGGUGUGCAGUUUGGGUUUUAUUAAAAACAAUAUUGUUAAUCUAUAAUAAUGUAUAUUUUGAGUGAAGUGAAGAAUGUAUUGGUUUUGCAAAGAUGUUUAUUUAUUUAUUUUUUUUAUACGAACACUUUCUACCAAAAGUCUGACUCCGAUUUAUAAGGUAAUUGUCUCGGGGUGGUACUUUAGGAUGGUUUUUUGAUUUUCUUAAGAGUUUCCCCUGCAAAUAUGAAAACCUAGAGAAAUAUGGAAAACCAGGAAAAAUGAGAAUAUCGGUUAGGUAUUAAUAUUAAACAAAUAUUAUUAAAGAAAAUAUUUAAUGCCUAAUUAAUUAUUUUAUCAUAAUAUGAUAUAAUAUAUUGUUCACGAAGUAUCACUAUUAAUUGAACUCCACUCAGAAUCAUUUUUUUUUAAGCAAUGGUUUAUUGUUACUGACAGAUAUACAUUAAAUUCCCUUCUGUAUUCUAUCUUUCCGACUUCCCACCUAUAGAAGUGGUUGCACCCGUCCCCAUUAUCCUUAGACAGUUUUUUUUACCAUAUAUUUAGGUAAAUACUCGUAAUAACACUUUAUAAAUACAUACGAUUAAAUUAAAAUUGUUUCAAAAGGUCAAAAUUAUGAGAAAAAUUGUAGCUUAAAGGUACUUAAAAGGAAUUUGUAUUUUUAUGAUUUAAAAAAAAAAUAAUAUUUUCUUGGAAAAAGUUUUUUUUUACAAUAUACUCAACUAACUUACAUUUUGAUUUCUGUUUCAGAUUCUGAGUUUGUAUUAUUGAAACGUACGCGUAAUAUGAUAUAUGAUUGUCAAAUUAUAUUUAACUUAAAGUCAUAAUAAUAUAUCAUAUUAUAGGCGUGGUCACGUACUCACGUGAUGUAAUGCAUUAGACUGUGCCUUAUUCGCCUCACCUGUGUCUUCAAAAUAAGCUUUGGCUCCUCUCCCCCAAUCUAUACGUGUAUUCGAUUUAUAGAUUUCUGCAGCGGGCUUUCAUAUUAGAACUCGAACCAAUUCGAAGUCCCUAUAGACGAUUGGGAUCCAAACUAAACUAUAUAUAAGUUAUAAAUUAUAUUAUAAAUACAUUUAUUAUUAUUGUAAAAUUUUUAAUCACACGUAUUGCCGUGCAUCGGUUCUAUACGUGGUAAGACAACAAUACAAUUCUAUUAAAUUAUUAUUGCUCGGCCUAAAUCCGUUGUGAUAUUUAUGAAAAUAAACGCGCGCUCUUCGAUUUUUGAACUCAAUUUUUUUGUUUUCUGCAAACAAAGAAAACAAAAACUACGAUAAAACUAAUUAUAAUACAUUAUGUAUUUUUAUAUUUGCUUUAUUAGAAGGUGACAAGACUUGUUUGCAGUACUGUUGUUGAGCUGGUGUUCGAGUUAAUCAAAUCCAUCCAACAAAAUGAAGUCAAACCCUUGCAACCCGCCUAUCCAUUCCUACACUUCUGCCGCAAGAUCAAAAACUAAGGAUUUCAUAACAUGUGCGGUAUUUUUUCUCGUUUUCAUUGGUGGUGAGUAUAUAUUGCAUUCAAAUAUAUUAUGCAUUGUACAUAUUUUAUAAAUUUGGAGUUUCGCAAUAAAAAUAAAUUAAUUAAAAAUAUUCUCGCUAAAUUAAUUUUUAUUUUUUACAUCAGACUUUAGAAUAUUACCGUAAUACUAGUUAUAGGAUUUUGUAUAAUAUUUUAAUUAUCAUGAUCCGCGAGUUAGAUGUAGAAGUAGUUAGGUAUACAAAUAUAUUCACAAUAAACAUUCAGAAAGUUUAUUACUUACCCAGCUACCUGCAACUAACUAAUUAAUGAAAUAAUUUCAAAUAGUUCAUUUUUAUUAUUAAUUAUAAUAUUAUUUUUACUUUUUUUUAAAAUUUACUAACUUCUUUAUUCAUUUACUUAAUAAAAUAAUACACUUGCUUUUAACUUUCGAUUACUUUUAUUCGUGUUUAUGUUUCAGCAAUUAAAUUUGCAAUGUGUAGAUAUUUAUUUAUUCUGUUAUUCAUUUGAUCGACGUUGAGGGUUUUUGCUUUUUUUGUUUUGAAUUCGGAAAAAAUACCGUGAGAAUUUCUCAGUGUAACUAAAACAAUUAUUAUUCUCUCAAUCUCUCUUAAGGUUGGACUACCGUGUAGUAUUGUCGUAAAUGAUUUUUCACUGGAAUAAAUAGCUAUAAAAUCUCAGUAUUUAGUUUAAGCAUGUGAUGAAUUCAAAUAUAUUCUCCUAUUUACAAUUUCUCCUAUUUAUAAUAUCUCUAAAAUAUUAACAAAUAUGUCCGUAGUCAACAGUUUUAUCGAAAGUCAAAAUUCAAUAAAAUAUUAAAAAUGAACAACGUACCUAUGUUACAACAAAAGUAACACUAGAAGUAUUAAUUGUCUUAAAUGUCAUUUAUGGAUCAAGUGUCAUAUGUGUUCUAUAAUAUGAAAUAUGAAAUUGAGUAAUGUUUAAAAUAAAUUGAUUGUCAGAGGUGGAUCCGGGUCAAGAAAACAGAGAGGGGCGAUGGGAGGAGGGCACAGAUGAUACAGAUAUUAUUAAAAAUAUUAAUUUUGAUAUGGUGAAUUUGGUACAUAAAUAUAUCACUUUCCACAGUCUCUAGCAGAACAGAAAAAAUUGACGUCCUUGGAUAUUGGAGACGGGUGUAGCCACUGUUAUAGGUAAUUUAAUGUAUAUCUGUAAGUAAUAAUAUACUAUAGCUGACGAAAAUACGAAUCUGAGCACAGUUAAGUUGAUAGUGAUACUUUAUCAACAAUAUACAUAUCAAAUUAUAGUAAAAUAAUUAAAUAGGCAUUAUAUAUUUUCAUUAAUAAUAUUUGUUUAAUAUUAAACCGAUUUUACCGUUUUCCUUCGUUUUUCCCGGUUUUUCACAUUUGUUGAGAAUACUCUUCGAAAAAUCAAAAAAUGACUUCCCUAAAUUACCACAUAGAUAAAAUUUAAUUUCAGAAAAUAAACUACAUUUGAUAGAUUGGAGCAAGAUUUCUAGUAAAAAAAGUUUACACAACAAAUCGAGAGAUAUUUUGCGAUUAAAAUAGUUCGAGCGAGUGAUGGCUUGGGCCUCUAUGUACAUCCAAAAUGCAUUUGUUUUUUUCUUGUUUAGGUAAAAAGGUAAAUAAUGCAUACAAAAUUCUGUUCAUACUCCGGAUCCCUAGGAUGAUAAUAAGCAUGUAUAACCAUUAGAUCACGACAAAUAUUCUUUAAGAAAGACAAUAUAGAGUUAUUAUACUCAACACAGUAGCGUACGUAGAGGAAGGCUAAAAGCCUGAAGCCCCCCAUUGACCGUAUUUACAAAUAUAUAUAUGUAUACUUACAUAUUUGUUUAUGUUUUUCAAGUUUUAACCGUAAAAAUAAAUAGUAAAUAUGGACUUUUUUCAUAAAAUACGCUAUUUUUGUAAGUAAAUAAUUUAAUUUAACACCACUGUCUAAUAAUAAUCAUACUAUGCUACUAAAUUAUCGCGAAAUUAGAAUUUAUUAGAUUUAUAAGAUUAUUAUAUUUUGUUAUUUAUUUUAACUGCGGUCACACUCGUUAUAAACAAUGGUUUUGUUAUUAUUACAAUUUUGGAAGUUGGUGUUACCGUGCAUACGCGGGCUUCCACAAAACCUUAGAUAAUAUCUAUGAUUACAAAUUGCAAUAUUGAACUUACUGAACUGACGUUAACAACAAUGAACGCAUCUUUAAAUUAGUUCACGAAUGUUAUAGACAAUUCUUAUAUAACCUUUAAUUAGUGAAAAACAAUUAGGUAGAUAUGUAGAUAAUUUUGUUUUCACAUAUUUCUCUUGAGUAUCGAAAUAAUAAUAUUUUGUAUAGGUUUUUCGUCAUUGUUUUCAUAUAAAACGUAUCCUAUAGUUUUGCACACUAAAAUAACUAUUUAAUUAUUCAUUACGGUAGAAAAAAGAUCGAAUUUUUUCGACUUUAGUUUGAAGAAAAAAACACGGUUGGUAAGUAUACAAUCCACAGUUCAUAAAAUUAUAAUUUUGGUUGACCUCUGGCUUUUUUAAUCCUCUACUAGCUUAAAAAUUGUAUUUUAUUGUUCAACAUUUUCAUAGUUACUUAAAUAUUACUUUUUAGACUCUGAGUUUAGAGAAAAAAGUAUUAGUUUAACAAAGAUGUUUAUUUUUAUUUUUUUUAAUUUUAAUUUUUAUGUGAACACUUUUACAAACAAAAAUCUUACUCCGAUUAUCCAGUAUAGCAACUUUUCUGAAUGGAAAUGUUCUCUGGGUGGUACUUUAGAGAGGUCAUAUUUUGAAAUUCUCAUUAAUAUUCGAGAUAAAAAAGCCUGGGUUCUUUACGUUAAACAAGAUUGAAAGAUUAAAAAUAAGGUUGUCAUUGGCAACCGUUUUUAUAUAUAUUUGUUAUUAUUAAAUUUUUAUUGUUUUAAUUUUUUUUAAACAAUCAUUGUUGUUACGGAAACGCACAUUGUUGUAGUCAUUUUAAUGUAAUAUGACAUAUAUAUUGUUGACAAAGCAACACUAUCAACUCAAUUCCGCUCAGAAUCGUAUUUUCGGUAACAGUGGUUUAUCAAUGCUUACAGAUAUACAUUAAAUUCUCACUUUUCCAACUUCGUUCUUUUCCAACAACUGUUCUUGUUCUUGUUCUAGUCUGUGAACACGUUUUUUCCUAGUAAGCUUGCUCCGAUUUUCACGUCUAGCAAAUUUUCUUAAAAUUCAAGUUGUCUAGAUUGUAUUUUAAAAACGUCAUUUUUUGAUUUUCGAUGCCAUUUUUUAAAUAAAAGUACUUUGGUAGGAAAUAACGGGUACACAGAUUAGAAUAAGAACAAAGAACAAAAACUAAACAAUAUUAUAAAACCAAUAGUUUCCUCGUUACUUUUGGAAUCUAAAAUGGGGUGAGCACGCUUAGUGAAUUACCCUGUAUAUGUUUGUUUAAUAAUAAUUUAAUAUUUUAAUAGAUUCUGUCACUUUAAUUUAUUAUUUUACUACACAAUUUAUCUAUCAAAAAGUUAAUUUUUAAUUGAUUUACACGUAUGUAAAGUGCAAUAUUAUAUUUGUAUUAUAAUCUACUCGGUAAGUUUUAUCAAAGAAAAUAUUAAUCUUUUAUCCUCAAUCAACAGCUGUAAAAGACCGAGGUAUAAAAGUCACGCUCUUAAAGUAGAUGUAGUUGUAUUCAUUUAAAGUUUUUAAUCUACUUUACACAACUUUCUCUCGCAAACUUUAAUUGUAUGGCUCAUUAACCUAAUUUUUUUGCAACUUUCUUAUAUAUUAUUUUACGCCGUAUGCCUUUAUAUACGUAUGUAUGUGUUUCAAAACUAUACAUUUUUUCGUUAUUUCUUAUUUAGCACUCUCUUCAUUCAAAGCCUUUACCUCGUUGAAAACAUUUUUCUAACUGCCGCUACCUAUCAUACUUAAAAGUUAUUGUACUUUACGUUCCACGUUGUAUACCACGAGGCGCAUAUAAAUCUAAAGUCUAAUUUCAUCAAAAAUGUGUUUUGUAUCUACUGUUUUACCUGAAUAUAUUAUUUGUUUUUAUUUUUAAUAUUACAUAUAGUAUAUACGAAAUAUAAUUAUUUUAUUAAGUUCAGACAUUAUUUUAGAUUCUUAGUGGGGGUGAAGAAUAUAUUGGUUUUACAAUGUUGUUUAUUUUGUAUUAUUUUUCUGUGGACAAUUUUUCUACGUAGUAAAUUACGGCGUAACGAUUUCAUUGUUUACAAUUUUUACAGCUAAUGUUUUCUAUUAUAAAUUUUGCUCCAAUAUAAAAACGAUAAAAGAUUUUUUUUUGCAUUUUUAAUCUAUUUUGUAAGUUAGUAUUCGUUUUUUUGAUUUUCCAGGUAGUUUUUGUAAUAAUUGAAAAAACCCGAAAAAAUGACGAAAAAUAAAAAAUGAUAAAUUUACUACACUAGGAUUCAUUUAUUUUAAAUUUUUACAGCUUAUAUUUUUCACUAAAAUUAUUGCUUCAAUAGAAAAACAACUAGAGACCUUUUUAUUGUAUUUUUAAUUUAGAUGGUGACCAAGAAAGUCGUUUUUUUGAUUUUAUUUUUAAUUGUUUUAUUACUUGAGACAUUUAUAGGCAUUUUAACUUUGUGAUGUUUGUUAAACAGAAAUGUUUACAAAUUUGACAGCAAGUUCAUUAUAAGUCGUACCUACUGGUAAAAAUACAAAUUGAGUGUAAUGUAGUAUUUUUAAUUUUUUUAUAAAAAAUUUUAAAAUUAAAUUUUGACGAAAAUCAUAAAUAUUACGGCUUCAAAAUAUGUAUAGUAUACAUGUAUAACCUAAUUUCGCUCCGAAUCGUUUUUCGUUAGCAAUGGUUUAUCGUUGGUUACGGCUAUAAAUUAAAUAACUUUAUGUGUCUUACCUUCCCAACUUUCAAUUUACAAUAUUGGCUGUCCCCGUCCCCAGAAUAAGCUUCUUUUUUUUUUUUAUGUAAUUAAUGCGACUUAAUUAUAAUUAGCUGAAAAAAAUUACCGAUUUGUUCGGUUUUGAAUUUUGGGUAACGUUUAAAAUUCGAAAUCGUUAAAUUAUAUUCGUAUAUUAUUCCUAUUAAAUAUUAUUGCGUUCAUAUUUUGCGUGCAACUGAAUUACUAUGUUACAGACAUACUAAAUAAUGGUGUCUCACUAUUAUUUUAUUUGUCAAUAACUAUUAUUAAUACACUUAUUCGUAAUGCAUCAUAUACGAGCGAGUACACUGUACGAUUGUACCUACCGGAUGUACGAGUAUCUAAAGUAUAUUAUAAUUUAAUACCGUGCAUUUGUGUGAUUAUUUGCGAUUUCAAACACAAACGUUUUAUAUUGCACGCUGUAUGUACUCAAACCGUCUGGCGUCUGUUCAGCGUAUAUUAUAUCGUUUCGGAUGUAUAAAUGUUUCUGAUAUUUAAACACAUCGGGCGUUUUCGCCGUUCGGUAUACACAUAGAUAUAUGUACACGUAUAAUAUGUACCCACCAUGUUCUGUAAUAUAUUAUCAUACUAUAUAUAUAUAUAUAUAUAUAUACUACGCGAUAUAUCGUGUGUGUGUGUGUGUGUGUGUGUGUGUGUGUAUACUAUAUUUUAUGUUUAUUUCGAAAAUCAAAAGUCAGCGUUACGACCGCAACUGUGUUGUAUGGUGCGCAUGGUAUUGCAGUGCCUAUACGUUAUAUACGUAUACGCGUGUAUAUUUACGAAGACCCCUCAUCGGUAGAUGAUUAAGAACUGUGCAAUAUAUAUAUAUAUAUAUAUGUAUAUAUAUGUAUAUAUAUAUAUAUAUAUAUAAUAUAUAAUAUUAAGUACCGACAAUAAAACAGCCCCUCGGGGACUCCGCCCAGCAAAAAGAGGGAACUUACUAUCUCUGCGAUAGUCAUAUUGUCAAUACGCGGCGUGAACAUUCCGAACAUCCGUUUUCUAUAUGGAUAAUAAUAAUAUGUGACUCAAACAUAUACAUUUUUAUCAUAUAAUUAUAUAUAUAUAUAUAUACAUAUGCUGCUAAAUUCACUGCGCCGUAGCACUAUUGCAGGGUAUGUACACUUACACGCAACGUUUCUGGCAUCGGAUCGAUAUCGAAAAUUGUCUAUGUAUAUUGUAUGUAAUAUUUUCGAAACGUGUUUAAAAAGCAUCGCAAAUAUAGUAUGUCGGUAGGGUACAAAAACAAAACUGAUACCUACGCCACAGAUACACACCCACACACACACACACACUCGGUUAAUUUGGUUUUUUUUUUUUUUUAAAUAAAUAUUUUUGAUUAUAGUUUAUUGAAAUUAUAUUAUUUUGUUCUGCUGUGGUAUUUAUAACUAUAUCUUUAUUACAAAAUUUAAAAUUUGUAUUUAUCCAGAGUAUUAUUAAUCGACAUGGUUUGCGGUCAACUCGAAAAUAAACUCUAUAGAACGAAUUUAAACAAAAAUGUUUCAAAUGGUCAGACUUAAAUCGACUAAAUAUGAUGUAUAUAUUUUAAUAGCGUUUAUUUCAUUCGAUUUCCUCAAAUGACCAACUGGGGGAAAAAUACAACAAUUUUUCAUUCGCCCCAGGCUCUGUCCCAAGGGUAGUUUCGCCCCUGAUAGUAUCGGUGAAUCAUUUUCGAGUCUUUGUAAUUUUAUGUGCGUAUAUAUUAUGUAUUAUAUAGGGUGUACUUAAGGGUGUCGGAACUAUUUAUUAUACGAGGAGUAAAAUAUAAGCAAUUUUAUUUACAUAUUUUAUGGGUUGGUUGUGUCCCUGCAGUGCGUGACCGUGUAAAUUAAUACUAUAACAUUAGAGUAGUCUGAUUUUAGAUUUGAAGCGUAGCGAGAAAUACAUUGGUUAUGAUGUUUAUUUUUUUUUCUGUGAACAACUUUUCUAACAUAAAUCCAAUGUGUCAAGUGUAACAAUUAUUUUGAAAAAAAAUGUUAUUUAAUUGGUACUUUGUGGAGGUAAUUUUUUGAUUUUUCAAGCGGUUUUUAUAAUAAUUAGGUAAAAAAAAUAGGAAAAACAGGAAUAUUUACGAAAUUUAGUGUUUUAAUAUUUCAGUAAUAAAUGUUCAAAGACUUGAAAUGUUGACAUAAAACUUAUGGUUGCCUUUUCUGGACGUGGUAAAAUUUUUCAAAACAAUUUAUACUUUUUAAGCUAUAUUAUAAGUCCUCACUAUAUCCUAUCUUCCCAACUUCUCACCUACAACAAUGGUUCACCCAUCGUAUGAAGUAUGUCAGUCUUUUUUUUUUUUGACAGGGAACAUUUUAAAUAAAUUAUAUAAAGUACAAUACAAUUGUUGAUAUUACUUUAAAAUAUACCAUAAUUUGAAAUUACUCAGACUUUUGUUAUUAUAGCUUGAGAAUUAAAUGUUUCAAACCUAAGUCCUAAUGUUCUAUGAGUUCUGUAAAACGGGUUUUCCUUUAUCGAAUAUAGAAUAAAUAAUCGAAAUCCGUCAACUAUUGUUUCAAUUUCCAUGAGAGUUUUUUACGCUCGAGCUCCCGAAUGUUCGUACUUAAAAAUAAUGUUUCGUAGUAAUCUGUUUACUAAUUCAAAUAAGGCCAUUAUAGAACCACCCCCGAUUCCGUCACACACCCUCCAAUUCUUAUUUUCUAGCCUGUCCCUUAAUUUAGAGUUUUCACGUCUCUCCUCACCACAUUUUCUCUUCGCCCACAGAGACCUAUUGGAUCCCUUCCCUGGGUUUUGACUUCGCCUUCUGUUAUCGUCUACUCUACUUUAUUUUCUUUUUUUGUGUCUGUAAAAAACCUUUUGAGAAGAAAUAUCAAUUCGAUGAAUAGAGUGUAGUAUCUUUUCUGAAAGGUAAUUGGUAUCUGGUUGGUGCAUUAAGAAGGUUAUUUUUGAGGGGUUUAAAAAAUAAUUGGGAAAAAACUCGAAAGAAAAUUAUAUGAAAAACGAUAAAUAUUGACGGCGUUCCCGAUUUCAUUGUGUUAAAUUUUUGAAAAAAAUGUUUUCUACCAGAAAUAUUCUUGCAAUAAAAAUACGAUAAGACACCUUUUUAUUAUAUUUUAUUUAAAUUUAGAUGCUUACGAAGAAAGGUGUUUUUUGAUUUUCCAAGUAGGUUUCAUAAUAAUUGGGUAAACCGGAAAACACAAAAAUUAAAAAGAACAAAUGUAUGUCAUGUGCUUUAAGAUUUCGUUGUUAAAAAUGUUUUAAAAGCGAGUUUGUUAUUAUUUAGAAAAUAUUGUGUGGAUAAAAUUGUUGUACUAAACAGAAUUACUUGAGAGGUUAACAGCAGGGUCAUUAUUAGUUGUAAUUAUUGGUAAAAAAAAAAAAAAAAAGAGCUGAUACUGGAGACGAGUGCAUUACUGAUUUAGGUGGGCAGUGAGGAAGGUAGGAUUUAUAAAGUAAUUUACUUUAUACCUGUAAUCAACAAUAAACUAUUGAUAGCAAAAAGGAUUCGGGGCGAAGUUCGGUUGCACUUUACACAUGUUUUGAAAAUCUGUAAUAUUUACGAUUUUCGUCAAAAUUUGAUUUUAAAACUUAAAAAAAAUAUAAAAAUACUAUAUUAAACAAAAUUUUUUUUUUCACCACUAAGUAAAAUUUAUAAUGACCUUUCUAUCGAAUUUUCAAACGUUUUUGUUUAGUCUAAUAAUUUAUCUAUCGAGUACUUAACGAAUACAAAUAUCGUAAAAAACUAGCAAAGUUAAUAAUAUGUCUAUAAAUUGCUCAAAUGUUCUGAAAGAUUUACCACGACUAGAAAAAAUAAAAAUAAGUUUCUGUCAACAUUUUAAAUCUCUAUGAAUACUUUAAACUGAACUACAUUAAAAAAACAAAAUUUAAAUAAUACAAAAUUAUUUUCCUAAAUUGUCCAGUUCUUCAUACGAAAAAUUCGGUUUUCCUUAUUCAUUAAAAAAACUUUUUUUAUGACUUACUCUGUCAUUAAAAUAUUAUUAGAAACAAAAUAGAUCUCUUUUCAUUUUUAGAUUGGAGCAAUAUGUCUAAUAAAAAACAUAAUUAAAAACAAUAGAAAUGCUAACGUCGCUACGCACCGUAAAUAUUUGCUAUUUUAACUACAAUUUUCUUUCGAGUUCUUGCCAAUUAUUUCGAAAACCCCUUGUAAAAACAUAAAAUGACUUCUUUAAUGUACCGACUAGAGAAAAUUAUCUUUCAGAAAAUGUGCUAUAGUCUACACUUCGGAGCAAGUGUUCUGGUAGAAGAGUUGUCAACAAAUACAAAAUACAAAAACCUAACCUAACCUAAAAUACUCCCAUGGUUGUGCCACUUGGAAUACAUAAAGUUAUUUAUUUAUAAUAUAUUUUAUUAUAUAUAAUUUUUUAUUUCGACCACUUAGUACGACCUAUUAUGAACUUACUGAAGAAUUUCUGUUUAGUUUAAUAAUUUUAUCCAUAUGUGUACCUACCAAAUAAAAUGUGCCUAAAAAACUCGUAAAAUUAAAAUGUCUAUAAAUAGUUCAAAAUGGCCACAAUGUGUUGAAAAUGUUACCACGUCUAGAAAAUGCAAUUAUAAAUUUUAUGUUUAAACUUCAAGUCACUACAAAUAUUUUUAACUUAACCAAAAUAAAACAAAACAAAGAAACAAGAAAAAUUGAAAACUUAAUACAUUUUGUAAACUUUCCCAUUUUAGAUUCUAAGUGGAGCGUAGAAGCUAUUUUGAUUUUGCUAAAAUGUUUGCUUUAUUAAUUUUUUUUUUUAUCCGUGAACAUCUUUUCUACCAAAAGACUAGUUCAGAUUUUUAAGGGUAGCAACUUUUCUACAAAGAAAUCGGUGUGGGGUGAACCCUUUAGCUACCUAAAGGUCAUUUUUCGAUUUUCUCAGGAGUUUUCUCAUCAAAUUUGAAAAUCCUAAGAAAAAAACAGGAAAAUGUACGAAAUAUAUUACUAAAAUGUUACGAAUGUUUUUUUCUGUGCAUAACUUUUCAACCAGAAAUUUUACUCCAAUUUAUAAUGAUAGCAAUGUUUCUAAACGGAAAUUUGAUUUAGAAAGUACUUUAAGGGGGUCAUUUUUUGGUUUUUCUAAAAGUUUUCCAGGCAAUGUGAAAAACUGGAAUAAAACAUUUAAAAACCAGGAAAAACGUAGGAAAACUGGAAAAAUCGGUACAACAUUAAACAAAUAUUAUUAAAGAAAAUAUGGAAAGCCUAUUUUUACUAUAAUAUAAAAUACAUAUUGUUGACAAAGCAUCACUAUCAACUGAACUCCACUCAGAAUCGUGUUUUCGUAAGUAAUGGUUUAUCGUUUACCAGUUUUCUUACGUUCUUCUCGGUUUUUCUAUGUUUUAUCUCGGUUUUUUACAUUUGACUGUAAAACUCUUAGAAAAAUCGAAAAGUGACCUCCCUACCAGUAUCUUUUCAGUCAAAUUUCCUUUUAAAAACAUUGCUUUAAUUAUAAAUAGGAGCAAAAGUGCUGGUAAAAAAGGUGUGCAUAGAAAAAAAUAAGGCCGUAAUAUAUUUUAACUAAUAAUUACAUUUAUUUUAUUUUCCCCAAAUUUUUUCAGUUUUUAAAAUUUGACGAGAAAUUUCUGAGAAAAUCCAAAAAUGUUCCCCCUAAAGUACCUCCCCAUACCAAUUUCCUUCCAGAAAAGUCACUUCACUUAAAAAUCUGUGCAAAUCUUAUGGUAGAAAAGUUGUUUACAGAUAAAAAACAAAAAUAAACAUAUUUGUAAAACUGUAUGCUUCUUCACUCCACUCAGAAUCUAAAACAACUUGCGUAGUCAGUAGCUAUUUGUCAAAAGGAAUUAAAUCGUUUGGAUUUUUCGAUUGGAGCAAUAUUUCUGGUAUAGAAAACAUAAGUUAAAUGUCUUAGUUUUGUCUUUGAAAGUUUAAAACGCAUUUAGUUAAUAUUUUUCUUUAGUAGAUAUUAAAUUUGACGAGCAAUUCUAGCUUAAUAGAAGAAUUCCAGAAAAUGUGAAAAUAAAUUACAUAAAUCUGAAAUCAUAUUUAAACGCACCCGUUUUAUACAUAAAAAUUAAACUGUAUUUAUUGUAAUCUUAAGUAAAUUUAUAGAAAAUAUAAAUAUAUAUUAUAUAUUUAACCGUUUUUAAUUUUAAAGUUUAAACUUUAAAUUAUUAUAAAAUAAACUGACGUUAUUUUUAUGUUUUCGACUCCCAGUACUGAGUACCACGAAGUUUACAAAAUAUUUAGUUAAUACCUACUAUAUCUAAACAUACUUUGUGAACUAUAGAAUCUAUAGUACACAACAUUUAUUUUCAAAUAAUAAUUUCAAACCAAUAAAAGCAAUAAAUCCGUCAAAUCCUAAGCUUGUAACUUUUCAUUAAAGAAGUAGUAUUACUUAUAUAUAAUAUUGUAUGAACACUAUACAUAUAUAGCGUAUAUAAUAGGUAAGUUUCUGCGAUUGUAAUUUUACUAGCUUUAGAUUUUCGAGUUGAAUUACGGUCCCCACUGUCAUAUACGCAAGAUUCUUUCUUAGACGUAUAUGACAACAAAAUACAAAACUAGAUCUAGGUCUUUGGUUAUUGAUGUUUUUAAAACAUUUCUUUAUUUGAUAAUGUUUGUUUAAUAUUGUAUCGGUUUUCCCACGUUUUUUCUCGGUUUUUCCCAUGUGUUGAGAAAAAUCCUGGGAAAAUCAAAAAAUGACCUCCUUAAAGUACCACCCCAAGAAAAUUUCCUUUCAGAAAAAGGUCUAUAUCAUGUACAUUGAUUUAAGCUUUCUGGUAGAAAAGUUGUCUACAGGUAAAAAUAAUAAAAAUAGAACAAACAUAUUGAACCAUUAAACUUCUUCGCUCCACUCAGAAAUUAAAAUAACUAAACAUAAAUGAGUCUUCUAAAUAUAACAUAAUACUUUAUUUGAACUGGCUAGGUUCAUUCUUCGGGCCUUUCACUGGAAGUGAUUUUCACAAUAUUAUUUGAAUAAUCUUUUUAAUAAUUUUUAUAAAAUAACCGCCUCAGCAGUACUGCAGUCAUCUACUGCAGUAGUUAGAGUGCUAUUUCUGACUUAGCCUUUUAUAGGUUAAAUGGAGAACUAAAAAUGUCAAUUAAUCCAAAUGAUUUUUCGUAAAUUUGAACAAUUUAUGGGAAGCUUGUUUUUUCUUUAAAGAGUUCCGAUGCUUAGAAAUAAACCAAGUAGGAAAUUUACUCUUAUUACUUACGUUUGUUAUCACAAUACGAUAACAAACAAUGUGGUGUUAUUAAAUUAUUAGGUAUAUUAUUAAAUUCUGAGCGUAACGAGGGAUCUAUUGAUUUUACAAUGCUGUUUAUUUCGUCUUCAAUUAUUUAUCGCUUCGCUAUAAAGUAGUGUACACACGGGGCAUUAUUGAGUAGUCUUUUCCAGCCGGUCCAGGGAAAAUAGGAUACGGUGUAUUAAGUGUAAAAUGUAUAAAAUACCAAGUUAAAGAUUUCACAUUUUAUUUAUCACAAUACAUAUUUUAACUUAUCAAGCAUUAAGUUUUAUUUUAGAUUUCGAGCGUAGCUAGGGGUAGCGUAGCUAUUAGUUUUACAAUAAUGUUUAUUUUUUUAUUUUUUUGUUCUAGUCUGUAGACACGAUUUUUCCUUGUAAAUUUGAUCCGAUAUAUAAGUAUAACAUCUUUUCUGAAAGCUUGAGUUGUUUAAUUUGUACUUUAAAUAUGUAAUUUUUUGAUUUUUAGCACGAUUUUUUAAAUAAAAGCACUUUAGUAGGAAAAAACGUAGGAAAUCGUACAAUUUCACGAUUUUAUUAUUUUAUAAAAACACGGACGACGUUUUCUACGAAAAAUAAUGAUUUAAUAAAAAAAACACAAGAUGCCUUUGUUUUGCCUUUUUGAUUUACUUUCUAAAGGUAUCAUCGCCUAAAGUUUUGAGCUACUUUUGAGCUUUUAAGAAAUUUUAAUUUUUGGGAAGUUUUUUGCUGUAACUCAGUUAUAAAUACACUUAGAGACUUGGAACUCGGUAAUAAUACUUAUAUUGAACUUGCCUAGACGUGGUAAAAUUUCCAAAAUCAUCAGGCGACUUUUUUUUUAAGAAGCGUUUUGUAAUCAAAUUUAAACGAAAAUGUUUGAUUUUUCGUUUGCGUUUGGUCGUGCUUGGUGAGUUUCGCAGUUACUUUCGUUUUAAAUGUAUUAAUUUUAGAAUCGUUUUUAUCUUGUCUCUAUCUUAUUCAGCACUUUUAUUUGUGUGCUGAUGUUUAUUCCAUUUAUUUGAAAGCUUGAUCGAGAAAUUUGCUACUACCAAAAGUGGUCUUGGUCUUCAUCCACCCCUCUGUAUGUUCUUACGGUUUUAAUGCUUAACUGAUGACGUUUAUCUAUUACGUAUAACGUGAUUAAUCUGAGUUUUCGUUCUUCCAUCUAGAGUUGACCACGUGUUCUUGUAUAUAUUUUCCCUUGGGAAAUAUGUGCUACUUAUCACAAGCUCUCUAGAUAUUGCAAAAUUAAUUAUUUUACUUCCGUUAUCGUUAUUUGAUGUUUCAUGCAUGCUUUCUUAUCCGAUGGGUGGUCUAAACAUUGACUCCCUCUCUAUUUAAACAUUAAAAAUUCCAACUAUUACUUUGAUACAGUGUCUCGGUAGUGGGUCAUAUUUUUUUUUAACUCUUCAUAAAAUGUAUUAUCUAUUCUUCUCUUCUUAAUCUUUGUCCUCAGUUGGGGUGUGGUGGUUGAUUACAAUUAAGUCAAAUUUGCGUCCUACUACAUGAAUGAAAUAUGCCUUCGUUGACAACUUCAACAUAUUUAUUACAUGUUAGAAUUGUAUUACCAAGCGCAAAACCUACUCCUUUCUUAUAUAUAUUCGAUUUUGUGCCACUACAGAAUAUUGUUGAAUUUUCUUCUUUAAUAUUUUCGUUCCCUAACCACCACAUUUCUUGUCAGGUUCAAUGAGUAAUUUGUACUUUGAGAUGUACCUGAGAUAUUAGUAAUAAAGUCGUAAUGGAGAAAAUUAUUUUUAUAAAAGAAAUCAAACAAUUAAAAGUAGUAUGAAAUAGCAUCAUAUAAAGUUAAAAACUUAUCAAUAAUGCAACAAAACAAUGCUAUUAAAAAAUAAACUUCUGACAUAUGUAUGCAUGUAAUGGUGUAGAUGAUAUAAGUUAACUAAUGUUUUUGUUUAGCCAUUUUAAUUUAGGACACAUGUACGAGUAUAACUAUAUAAUAAAAUCGAACACACCAAGCGGUUUUAAUACAAUUUAUACUCGUCAAUGCAACGAACUAAUGGCGAAUGCACUUCUACUCUCUACUUGGUAGUCAUAUCUAUGAAUCUAUUUUCACAAAAAUUGACCAAUAAUAUUCCCCCAUACACACGAAAUUCUAUUAAAAUAACUGUGUUUAUAAUAACGUAAUUUAUAAAUUAAAUAAAAAUAUGCUUAAAAUAUCGAAUAUGCAUAUAAUUAAUAGAACAUAAAUAAAAGGCUAAUAAACUGGCACUUAACUACCAAAAAUGAAAUAGUUCAUUAAAAUCAUAAGAAAAUUAAAAAAAAAAAUAUAUACCAUUUUUAUAUUUGAAAUUUGUGUUGUAUGAAUUGAAUCUUGUUUUUGAUAAACUAUAAGCCGAAGAACUAAGAAAAAAGAAGCAAAUACUAAAAAUGUCUAGCCUUAUUUAUAAUAAUUUAACCAUACAACAUGCUGAUAAUGUCCAUGUUGACAAUUUGAUACAUAUGAGUAACUAGAAUAAUAAAUAUUUUAUGUUAAAAUAAUAUAUUAUUACCUAUGUGUCUAUGUGCAAUAUUCACUUUUAACUCGAAAAUGAUAACGCCUAUAUAAUUUAAUUUAACGCGUGUGUAUUAAUUAACCGUUUAAGUUAUAUUGAUGGGACGAACCUUUGUAUAUCAACCGGGUAAAUACCUUAAAGGUAUUAACAAUAGUAUUAUUACAAUAUGCAUUCACGCCGUGUAAUAUUAUGAUCCAAUUAAUUUCGUAUAUGACCGUGAACCCGAAACAAUAGCUAUAAUAGGGCUUAUUUUAAUGCACUGAGGAUAGGUUAAUUUCAAUAAAUCGACAUAAUAAAUGUAAUUUAAAUAUAUUGGAAUUGUCGGUGAAAAAUGCAGCAAACUAUAACUAUUUUCGUAUAUAAAUUUUCAAAUAAUAUUUUAUGUACCAGUGAAAGAGAAAGUGACCAAAAAAAUUAAAAAGAAAAAGAAAAAAGUUAAACCGAGGACGGGUGCGGCUAUUUUUGUAGGUGGGUAGUGGAGAGGUAGGAUACAUAAAGUUAUUUAAUUUAUAUUUAUACCUAUAACGAUAAACCAUUGCUAAUGAAAAACGUUUCAAGCGAAGUUCAGUUACAGAAAUUUUUAAAGGAUGUAAUAUUUACAAUUAUCUUCAAAACUUGAUAUCAGAAUUCAUAUAAAAAAAAUUACUACAUUAAACUCAAUUUUUAGAUUCUUUAAAUUUUCUACCAGAAAAUUUGUUCAGACUAUAGUACCUUUUUUGAAAGGUAAUUUCCUCUAUUUGGUGCUAUAUGGACAUUUUUGUACUUAACAAAGGGUUUUUGAAAUAAUUGAAAAAAAACCCGAAAGAAAAUUAUAGUUUAAACGACAAAUAUUUACGUCACGCCGCCGCGGUGUUAUACCGUUUUCAUUUUCAUUGUUUUAGAUUCUGAGCGGAGCGCGUUUUACAAUGAUGUGAAUUUUAAAAACAAAUUUUUUUUAUGUGAACACUUUCUAUCAAAAAUCUUACUCCGGUUAUCAGUAUAGCACCUUUUGUGAAAGUAAAUAUUCUUUGGGUAUUUUAGAGAGUUGAUUUGUUAAAAUUCUCAAUAUUAUUCGAAAUAAUGAAGAAAAUUUGGUUCUUUAGGUUAAACAAAUAUUGAAAGAUUAAAAAUAAGGUUAUAAUUGGCAACCGCUUUUAUUUAUCUUUUGUUAUUAUUAAGUUUUAUUAUUUUAAUCCUUUUUAAACAAUCAUUGUUAUCAAUGAAACGCUUACUGUUAUUAUCAUUUUACUAUAAUAUGAAAUAAUAUUGUUGACAAAGCAAUACUAUUAACUAAACUCAGAAUCGUUUUUUCGUUAUCAAUGAUUUAUUGUUGCUUACAGAUAUACAUUAAAUUCCCGUAUUUUACCCGUCCCUAUCUCCCCAACUUCCCACCUAUAACAGUGGCUGCACCCAUGUGCGGAAUAUGUCCAUCCAUUUUAUUAUGUUCACACGAAGUUUUCUAUCAAAAAUAAUAAUUCAAUCCAAAAAUGUAGAGAUUUCAAUUUUGUUCCUUUUAAUUUAAAUCGUUUAAUGAUACCUGAAAUAAUUUUCAUAAUAAUUGAAAAUAACAAAAAAUAACGAAAUUUACGAUUUUUUUAAAAGGAAAUUUUUUUGGGGUGGCACUUUAAGGAGGUCGUUUUUCGAUUUUCUCAGGAGUUUUCUUUUAUAAAUGUGAAAAACCGGAAAAAUGGAGGAAACACGGGAAAAUAUUCGAAAUAUAUUAUUAUAUUACGAUUUUUUUUUCUGUGAACAACUUUCUACCAGAAAUUUUUCUCCGAUUUAUAAUAAUAGCACUUUUUCUAAAAAGAAUUCUAACUGGGAAAGUACUUUAAAGAGGCUAUUUUUCGAUUUUCCCGAGAGUUUUCCUAUAUAAUAUGAAAAAUCGAGAAAAAAAACAUGGGAAACCGGGAAAAAUAGGAAUAAAACAAUAUUAUAAUAUUAAACAAAUAUUAUUUAAGAAAAUAUGUAAUGCCUAUUUAAUUACUUUACCAUAAUAUGACAUAUUGUGACAAAGCAACACUAUUAAUCGCACCCCGCUCAUAACCGUUUUUCUUUAACAAUGGUAAAUCGUUGGGUACAGAUAUACCUACACUCAAUUUUCCCUCUACCUGCCCAACUUCUCACCUACAACACUGGCUCACCCAGCGUACGAAGUAUGCCCACAUCUCUGUUUAUUAUUUUAAACGACACUUUAAAAUUAUUAUUAUUUUGUUUUAAUAAUUAUAUUUAUAAUAACAAGGUGUUUUUAUUUUUAAUAUGUAUACAGAUGUUCAAACUAUGACUCAUAUCUUGAGACAUCAUCAGCAAAGGGACAAUACUGGGCUGAGUACCUUAAGCCCUCUAGAGCAAUUAACUUGGCCUCAUUCGGAUGUGAAGUUACUGUGCGGAAUUUCACCAGCUUUAAAUGUUACGUCAAAUUGGUUACAAAUGAAACUAAAGUGAGUUUGCGCAUAUUUUAUUAUUUUUUUUUUAGCGAUGUUCUUACACGAUGAGUACUUACUGCACUGCAGUGUAAACUCACAAUUAAAUACAAGCACAAACAUUUACCUAACCACUUUUAUAAAGGCUACGUAUUUAAUUUUAAUUUGGACCUCUCUUAUUCCUAUAUAUAUUAUAUAAAUACAUAAUAAAACUAUUGUACAUACAUAUACAAUUCGAUAAAUAGGUUAUGAGCAGGAAUGGGGAUGAAAAUUUGUUACUACUUUGUGCAUUACAUAUAUUCGGGAACUUUAAAAGCUAAGAGAAUGCCGUCUCUGUCUAUUUAACAGACAUCAUAGUUAAAAUGGAUUUUAUUACUUUUUGUAAUAUUAUUCUGCACUCUGCGUGCUAUAAUAGACUUAAAACAAAAAUUAACCGCACUUGUUAAAGACGACAACAUGUUAAAUAUUUUAGUCGAAAGAUAUUUUUAUGUCUAAUUCUUAGUCAAUCUAUUCGUACUUAAUUCAAUUAAAAACAUCAGACAUUUUCAUUGAAUACUUAAAUUAACCCUUAUUUAUAGACAUGGUAAAAUUUUCAAAUCAAUCUAUAGUUUUUUGAGUUAUUUAUUACAUCAUUUAAAUUGUCGAGUUUUAUUUUUAGUUUUUACUUGGUUUAAUGUGGAUGAAAUUGUUUUGGCUCAACAAACACGCUCGAAAAUUUAACACGAGGUUUAUUGUAAUAAUUAUUUUAGUUAAAUAUGAACAUAAUUUUGAUGUUGUCGUCUUUAAUUUAGUGAAAAUCUUUUGAUAAUAAAAAUAUUGAUCAUAUCUCGUUCUAUAAUUCUAGGCAUAUCGAAAUAAACAAAUUACGAUUUGUUUACAUUUACAAAUACUAACCGAUCAUAUUGUAGCGUUAUUAUAUUACGAUCAUAUUAUUAAUUAUAUAUGCGUGACAAAUUAUUAGGUACCUACCUAAUUGUCUCUUAUGUUAAUAUUUCUAUCUCGAAGAAUUUGUUCAUAUUAUAUAUGUCAUGUACUUGCAUCGCAUACUAAAUUACGCGUCGAUACAACGCUCAUUUAUAUAUAUAUAUUUAUAUUAUUAUAAAUAAUUAUUAUUUAUUAUUUAUUAUUUAUUAUUUAUUAUUAUUAUUUAUAUAUUUUACAAUAUAGGUAUUAUGCCAAUUACGUAGAACGAUAUUUGAUUUUAAAUGUGGGUUAGAAAUGGUUUAAUACAUUUUCUCAAAUUCUGUUAAAUUUAAUAAUUAUGUUUUACCUUUUGAUGACCACCUUAAUGAUAUGACGUUUACAUAAUCGACUAAUUAAUAUUCAUAAUUUAAGAAGAAGGGAUACGGCAAUUUUAACGGACAAAUCUGACGUUUUAAACCAAAGAGCGAUAAUAAAAUAAACAUACGUCCCAAUAUUUUACUAAAUUUGAUCUAAUAUUUUUAUUUUGUUUUAUAUCGUUUUGUGAUAGCAAGUACACUGAUCAGGGGUACUCCCAGAAUUUUUUUUGGAGAGGAUAGUUACUAUAUAGAGUGCCUACAGUAUUAUCCAAGUGCUAGUUAUUCUAUCAAUGUUAAUUUUUUUUUUUUUUCUCAAUCGGGAAUUAUGUCAAGGGGACACUUAUGUAGAGAAAAAUUAAAAUUUUAUUUUCAUUUCUUAAUCACAGAAAAAAAAAAUUACUUUACUUUUUCACUUUUUAAAAUUUUCAAAUUAAGUAGUCAUUUUAUAAAAUAUAUUGUUCUAAAAAUUGUAAUGUGUCAUACAUUUCAAUCCGAUUAAUAAUCACUUAGUUCUAAUAGCUUUAAUGAACAGAAAAUUGAUAUGAAAACAAUUAAUUUUCAAUAGAAUAACACAUUAUACAUCAGUAUGGUAGAAUUCCUUAUCUUCUAUUGAAUAUUAAUUUUUUCACACGUAUUUUCUAUACAUUAACGUUUUAUUAGUAUUCGGAUAACACUGUAGAACACCCUUUUCAGGGAAUUUUCAUUCAGAUAGAAAAAAACAAAUUUUUAAUUUAUGGUAUAUAUUCAUAAAUAAUAGGUAAUUGUGGUUUUAGACCUAAUUUUAAUUAAUAGAAAAAAACUCAAGUGUACUCUUGAUACUGAGCUUCCUAGUUGUAAACGAAAUAAAUUUAAAAUAAAUACUCAGUAAUAUUUAAACAUUACGAUACAUUAUACAUACAUCAUAAAUAAUAUGAAUUUGUUUAAAUACAUAAUUUUAUAAUAUUAUAUAGAUGGCUGCACAACGGAAAAAACGUCGAUAUCGGACAUCGGUACAACUUGAACCAUAACACGGGAAUUUUAGUGAUUAGUAACGUAAGACUAGAUGAUAACGGUAUAUGGCAAUGCGUAAACGAAAAGCAAUUGGCCAGAGCAAUAAACUUGGUAGUUUUAGGUAUUUUUUAUUAUUUUCUUUUAAAUACAUAUUAUAUAAUAUAUAAAUAUACUACGGUGAUAUUCAUAAAAUAGAUAAGUGUUGAGAAUACCUAAUGUUGCGUUUGUGUUUUACAGAAACUCCUAAAGAACCGUAUUUGUUAAUCGAUGGACACCGUUUAGAUCCUGGAAAUCUGUUUGUUCCAGUCAAAGAGAAUAUGGAUUUGAGCAUAGAGUGUGUAGUCGAAGGGGGCAAUCCGAUGCCGUCCUUGCAUUGGUUACUAUUUCCCAGUAAUGCAAAUUUAGAAAAUGAAGCAAUGUCUUCAGGAUUGUUGCAGUCGAAUGAAUCGUACCAGGAUAAAGACGUCAGCCGUAGUUCGGCAAAAAUUCAAAGAGUUCUCCGGGCUCAUCAUAACGCCACCGUGGCGUGCAUAGUUACGCAUGUUACUCUUGUAAAUCCUUUGAACACAACUAUACUUCUUGACGUUCAAUGUAAGUUGAUGCAUACCUUAUAAUAUUAUAAAUAAGUACCGAAACAAAUAUAAGUACAUUGAUAAUGUACUUGAAGAGAGUUUUGAAUAAUUUUAUGCGCAUUUACUCAAACAAUAUCAAACGUUUAUAAACUUUUUAGAGAGUACUGAGUUUAUCAUAAUUUAUAGUAUAAAUAGUACAGUAUAAAAUACAUACAAUUUUGUAUGCAUAUUCGUAAAGUUGGCCUCUCGACUGUGUCUAUUCCAAACCUAUACUAUUAUUUUGCAACUUAUUUGUAACUAUUUGCAACAUGCGUUUCAAAAUUUGCAACUCUAUACUUUCACCGAAAUAAAAGGUUUAUUUUUAGAGGGGCCAACUUUACGUAGCCUCCUCCCCCGACAUUGACCGAUUCAUUCCAAACCCAUGCUAUUAUUUUGCCACUUAUUUGCAACUAUUUUUAACAUAAUUUGCAAUUAAAGUUUUAAAAUAACACACAUUUUGAAAUUUUAUGAUUUUUAUUAAAAUAAUGAAAUUAAUGUAUUUGAACCAUAAUUUAGAAAAAUUGGUGGAAUUUGAUUGUCAUUUUAAUCAAAAUUUAAUUGAUUUAAAGGAGGAAAUCUGUGGUAAUAUUUUGUAUCUAUUUGUGAAAUACAUUUUUAAAUUUUGAUACAGUUGUUAAUAUUUUUUUACGAUGCAGUUUUCUUUUGAACUAUUAUAAAUUACGUUUAUCGAUUGAAAAAUAUUGAAAUAUUGAACUCUACACGUAUAAUGGGUUAAAUGACCUAUUAUAAUUAAUGUGGUUUUUUUUUUUAUAUACUUGCUAAGAAUGUGAUACAUCAAAAUCUUUUGAAUAUGUUAUGUCAUAAAUACCAACUGUAUAUAUUUUGAAGUACCUAUAAAAUAUAUUUUGUCUUUUAGUUUGAAAUUUAUUUAAAACUUGAAAAAUUACAACAAAUUUGUAUUGGUAUCAGUCCAAAAUCGAUAGGAUGUUUUUUAAAGGGUGCUAGUGUCAGGGAGACGGUUUGUAAAAUUCUGCUUUGCAGGAAAGUGAAGGAGAUACAAUUUUUUUUUAAAGGGAAACAAAUGGAUACAAAUAGGAUACAUAAAAAUUAUGUUGGUUCCAAGUCGAUAGGACGAUUUACAGGUACCAAAGAGACGGAACUUCUAAAUUAAAUAACUACAUAUUAUAUACCUACUUUCCCAACAUUCUACCUACAACAAUUGCGCACUCAUCAGCAAUAUUAGCUCUUUUUUUCUAAUGAUAAUUAAUCUAUUAUAUUUAUAAAAUAUAGAUACUCCUUCUUUUGGAAUCAGUCGAAUUCCCGGAUUUGGAAUACCUAUUAGAGAAGGCAUUCCGGUUUCUCUGAAAUGUGACGUAGAUUCGAAUCCGCCAUCUUCUCCUGUCUGGCAAAAAGGUAAAUGUUAAUAUAAUUUAUAUAAUUUAUUUUUCAAAAUAUGGUUGUUUUGCACUAUGUUAUAAUAAAGACGACAGUGUGCCACCUGUUCUUCAAACCGAUGAUGGUUUUCUAAACUUUACUUCGAUACGAAGAAAUCAUAGUGGCUGGUACAAAUGCACGAGCAGGCAUUUGUUAUCUGAAUAUUCGUCCAUCGGUUAUUUUUUAAACGUUAGAUGUAAGUAUUAUUAUUAUAGUAAUUUUAUAGAUGACUACUAUUAAGUUUUUUUUUUCUCUCUCUCACCUAACAUUUCAUCUAUUUGAGGACGAUCAUCUUUGUCUUAUAACAUCCACCAUUUGAAUCGUGUGUCCCCCAUAAUCUACGUACACAUCCCAGUAAUCCUCAUAUACUCGUAACUCUUGACCGUGUCUAACCAUCUCCUUUUGGCCUUCCUUUUCUCCUCGAUUCAGCAAAAUUCAUUCAUAGAACUACUCUUAUACCCACUGACGUAUUCUUUCUGAUCACAUAUCCAAACUUUAUUAGUUGAUUAUUUCUCAUCUUACCAACUAUAGAAAAAGUAACUAUGCUAGACCUUAAAAAUGCAUUAUUCUUUAAUAUUAUUCUAUCCUCUCUGUUGACUUCACUCAUCAAUUUAAAUUUUCUCAUCCCAACUAAACUUAGCUAGAUUACUAUACGUAAUAUAAUAAUAAUUAUGGUGUUAUAUUUUAGACAAUUCAAACGAACUCGAAGCGGCUCGCAAAGAAUUAAUCGAAGAAGACAAUUCCGGUUCUUCCGAAUCCGUCGAGGUCACCGUUGGCGGCGAGGUUCAGUUGGAAUGUCCGUCGGGGCCCAGUACGGCGAUACCGUGUUGGGCCAAAUCUAGCAUUGAUAACGGUCUACAGCCAAUUGGGCCCAGUAGUAAUCUUCAUAUAGAUCAAGUGUUGUAUCAAGAGGCUGGCGAAUAUAAAUGUAUUGUCGGCACUAAGAAUCAAAAUUUAGAAAAGCUCAGAGUGUACACACUUCAUUUGAACGUUGUUGGUCAGUAUUUAAUUUAUUUAUUAAAACUUGUACCUUGUUACGAUUCAAGUAUACAAUUUAGAAUUGAAAUAAAAAUAAUAUUAUUAUAUACUAUUAACUAGGCACUCGCAUAUGAUAUGUAUAUAUUAUACAUAUUAUAGAUUACAUAUUAUUAGAUCUAAUGUUCGACAAUCAUCAAGAUAACACGAUUGUAAGACGAUGUUCAUUGUUCGUAUGAUCACCAAACGUUUACCUGCUACUACGCUGAGAAAAAAUUUAAAAUUCAAAUUUCUUUUCAAGUUUAAAAUUUUGUAUAUAUGUAUCAACUAUUCACAGUUCUCUAUCCCUAAAUUUCAAAGGGGUUAGGUUAAUUAACUGACUCGGAAUAUGCAUUUGCGCCCAAUGCGCACACACAAAUUAUUACAUUUUACAUAAUAUCUUCAGGUAGUAAUAAUUUUUUAAAAAACUCCUAUGCAUUAAAUUUAUUACAUUAAAAUAGGAAAUAUUUACGAUAUUACUGAUUAUGUAUUAACCUCAUAUAUUUCGAUUGAUUUCUGUUGUUUUACCGUGCAUAUAUACAUUAUACACACUGACUGGACACAUGACUUUAUUUAUUUAUUUUUGAUUCGUAUAGACACUAUUACUGGUAUAACUUGUAUUGCUUAUAGUUUUACAAAAAUGUUUAUUUUUUUUUUUUUCUGUGAACAAAUUUUCUACCAAAGAUCUUGCUCCAAUUUUCAAAUGUUGCACAUUUUCUGAAAGGAACUCGAUGUGGAGAGGUACAGUAGGUAGGUCAAUUUUAGAUUUUCUCAAGAGUUUUCUCAUCAAAUGUGGAAAUCCGAAAAAAUAGUACAAUUUUAUAUUUUGUUACCCUUAUUUUGGGGGUAAAACCACUACCUAAUAUUAAUUUUUAAACGGCAAAUUGCAUUUGAAAUUCCAAAAAUAGAUGAAGUAUUAGUUAAAAUAAAUUUUAGUGUUAACAUUUUUGAUUUCUGUCGAUCCGUUGACGAGAUAUUUCACUUUUAAGUUUGGGUUGAAGGAGAUUAGUGAAGUAUCAUUUGUAUGCAGGUACGGCGCGUGGCGUUUUAAUAAUACAUCACUACUCUCCUUCAACCCAAACUUAAAAGUGGGAUAUCUUGUCAACAGUUUGACAAAAAUCAAAAAUUUAAGUGUGACAAAAAAUAACAUAAAUAUAAACUUGUAUAGCUGCUUGAUAAUUUAAAUUUUCUAGAAAAUAAAUUCCCAAAAAAGUUCAUACUUUCCGAGAUAAUGAGUAUACCCAAUUAAAGGAAUCACCUGGUAUUUUCUUUAAUAAUAUUUGUUUAAUGUACCAAUUUUCUCGUUUUUUCUAAGAUUUUUUCGGUUUUUCACGUUUGUUGAAUACUCGUGGAAAAAUCGAAAAAUUACCACUUUUAAGAACCUUUCCAGUCAGAUUUCCUUUCAGAAAAAAUACUAUAAUUUUAUAUUGGAGGUGCAUUGCUGAUAGAAAAGUUGUACACAGAAAGAAAAGGCCAUAAUAUUUUUUACUAAUAUCUACACUUCGUACAUUUUCCGUUUUUCUGACUUUUUAUCCAAGUUUUUCCCAGAUAUUAUAAAACCGUUUAAAAAUCAAAAAAUGACAUACUUGAAUUACCAUGGAGAUAAAUUUUCCUUUUAAAAAAAUAAGCUACAAUUGAUACAUCAGAGCAAGAUUUCUGACAGAAAAUUUUACGAUUAAAUUAGUCCGAGCGAGUAAUGGCUUGGGUCUCUAGGUAUAUCCAAAAUGCAUUUGUUUUUUCUUUGUUUGGGUAAAAGGGGGAAAAAAAUACAAACAAUUUUUUUUUUGGGUACACUGGUUUAAACUCGGAACCUCUAAAAUGAUAAUAAGCAUAAUAAACCAUUAGAUUACGACAAAUAUGCUUUUAAAAGGACAAUAUAGUGUUAUUUAACAUAACGUCAUAACAUAUAAUAUCCGCAUAAUAUCAGAACUUCAAAAAGCUAUAACUUUGAAACUUAGUCAGUCCGCUUAAUUAUGACUUGAUCAUCGUUUUUAUAUCGGCCUAUACAUGUGUUCAAGACAAAAAAUUAAAAAAUUAGUUUUGCUUCAUAUAAUUUUUUACUCAAAACGAUUUUCGUCAAAAUUUGAUAUUAAAAUUUCGUUUAAAAAAAAAAAAAUACAUUAAACUCAUCUUUUUUUUUUUUUGGCUACAAUGGAAGACUCUUAAUGAACCUCCUGUUAAAUUUGGAAGCAUUUUUGUUCAUGUCUUACAAUUUUACUAAAGAGUACCUACCGAUUAAAUAUUACAUACAAAACUCGCAAAAAAAUGUAUAUAAAUAAUUCAAAAAUGGCUUAACAUGUUUGAAAAUUUCACCACGUCUAGAAAGGCAAAUAUAAGUUUUUAUCUAAAUUUCAGUUCUCCACGAACAUUUUUAACUGAAUUAUAAUAAAUAACAAAACUGAAAAAUAAUAAAACCAUUAUUUUCAUAAAUGUCCUGUUUUUAUUAUGUUUUAUCCUGGUUUUUCUCAGAUAUUAUGAAAACCGUUUGGAAAAUCAAAAAAUGACCUCCUAAAAAUACCAUCUAGACAACAUUUCAUCUCAGAAAUGGUGCCGCGCUUAUAUAUCUGAGCAAAAUUUAUGAUCGAAUUUUUGUACACAAUAUACAAAAAAAAAAAAAAAAAAAUUAACAUCUUAGUAAAACCAAUACAUUCUCGCUACACUCAGAAUUUAAAAUUUAUUUUUAAAUGUGCCUGCUUUUCUAAACCAAAUUUAACCAAGUUAUAAUUUGUUUAUAUAAAUACUACAAAUUUUAAAAUUAUUCAUUACUUUUUUUUCCAUAUUUGCUGCUCCCCUCAAGAUUGUCGCCCUAUAGCCUGACGUUAAAUAUGCUACUUUAUUUAACUUUAUCGGUGUACUUAUUCCGUAUUCGUGAAUGUAAUUAUAAUAUAGCAUAUUAUAUUCACCUCCUUUCAGUGCAUUUUUACCAGGAUGUAAGAAUAAUAUAGGAUAUAUUUUUCACCCUUUAGUUAACAUAAUGAUGGACGUUCUAACAACAUAGGAUAUAUUCAGCUCCGUUUAGUGAAUUUUAAUCAUUGAUGUAAGAAUUACAUAGGAUAUAUUUACCCAAUUUAGUCUUGCGCGUCCCUAAGAGGGGGAGGCGGUAGGCUUCUCCUAUAAGCCAUGUUUUGUUGAACAAUACAGUAGUAUUCAAGAGUUUUUUCGUAUAAUAAAGUAUUAUUAUACAGCAUGUAUGCUAUAUUUACCCCCGUCAUGAAACUUUUAACUCUAAAAUUUCAUUGGAGGUAAAUUUAUCCUACGAUAUAUUUUCCGGGGGUAAAUAUAUUUGGGAGUUAAGAAUAGCCUUUUAAACCGCUACCGCACAUGGCAGAGCGGGGAGGAGAGUGGUGAAAGUUCGUCUACGGCGGUCAGUAACCUUAAAUAUGCUCGCCGUACAAACCACUGUUAAAAACGUAAAAACGUAAAAACCAAACGGUGGCAUUUAAAUUUAGGCACCCGUUCCAACUAAUACUUAAUUACUAUAAACAGAUUGUUUUAAAUUUGGCUCUGUAAAAUUUUUUAUUUUAGUAAACUAUAUUUAUAAUUUUUUUCAGUGGUAGUAUUUAUAUUUUUUUUUUUUUUUUUGGAAAAUGGUUUAGAAAUAUUAGGAAUAGUUUCUGCUUUACAUUUUCUUUGUACUUUUAUAACUUUGAUGUAAAUUUUUUGUAAUAGAUGACUUUAAAACUGUUCUUAAAAUUUAAAUUUAAAGUAUACAAGUUCAUAAUAUUAUAUUAUAACGAUUAACAUGUACUAUUUGAGUAACAAAAGAGGAAUAAACCUGAUUUAAGCUAUGAAUUAAUAAUAAAUAUUAUUCACCUACAAAACGAGAAUAAUAUUUGAAUAGUCAAGUUCAAGAUUUUCAGAGACUAAUUACGUUUUCUAAAUAAUUAGACAAAAACGAUAUUAAUUUCAACUGUGUGAUUUCGAUUUCAGGAGGUCCGGUUAUAUACAUUGAAAACAGAACUGUUGUUGUGCACGAAGGAAACGACACCCGUUUGUCGGCCGAGUUCUGUUCCAACCCGAUGGUAAAUAAAGUUUUUUGGAUUGCCAGUGAUCGAGUCAUCAGACCAGGAACGGCCGUAGGAUCAAUUACAGCUCAUAGUAUAACCGUAAGUGUUAAAAAAAUGUAUAUGUACGUAAUGUAUACAUAUACACUAUACAAAGAUCCCUAUGAAAAUAUACCUACUAUAAUAUCUCUAGAGAUAUUACAUAUCAUUAAAUUAUGUUUUUUUUAAUAUUACUCACAGAGGGGAUGGCUACAAAUAUAUAUAUAUAAAUAUAUUUCAAUUAAUUUUUAGUAUUUUGUUAAAAUAUAUUCAUCGCGAUAUCAACGUGGAUAUUAAUGAUGUUAUAGAUGAAUUUACUAAAACAUCAUAACGAAAAAUGAAUAUACAUUUAUAAUUUUUAAAAAAGAUAAAUAUUUAAACUUUUAUAUAAUUAGCGCUGUAAAAUAGUAAUAAAAUGUUAGUUUUUAAUACACAAAAUUCAAAGCAAUUUCAUUUGUUACUUUUUUUAAAAUCCCCCCUCCCCACAAAUAAAAAAAAACAAUUCUGGAUACGUCACUGGCUGUCAUGCCAAAUAAUUAGAACUGAGCGACUCAGAAAAGCAUUGAUAAGAUCUUUCGUAUACCUUAAUUCGUGGAUAUAACUGAUACACACUGACAACUUAUAUUGGAAAAAAAACUAAUUGAAACUACUUAAUUGAAAAAUAAGAAACGAAAUAAUUAUGUUUAUUGUACAAAAUAAUUAUUACAAAAGGUAUACGUUUAGAUUAUCAAAUUUUUAUGUUUUUCUAAAAUGAUUUUCAUUUCUUUCUCUCUCUUUCUCGUUCUCUCUCUCUCUCUAUUUCUUGAUAUCACAUUGAUUUACAGUUUUACUCUAUCCGUUUUUAUUGCCUGCUUUUCUUUUUAACAGUAAAUACAAAUUGAAUUUUCGAUCGAUAAUUUUUCCCCUAUAUAUACGGUUCUAUUCUUUGAAGCUUUCCAUCUUUCUUUUUUCUUUUCAAUGUUCAAUCAUCAUUAUUUUGUUAUUUUGUUUCAGUCAUCGACAACUUCUUAUUGCCAAGUAGCCACUCUCACCAUCCAGUCGGUAACGCCGAUGCACAGCGGUGAGUACAAUUUGAUCGUCGGUUCCGGUAAAACGUUGGUGGAAGCUACGGUCAUAUUGAGCGUGACCAAGAGUACAAGAAACAGAGAGCCCGUCCAAACAUCAUCUAGUUCACAUUCAGUUUGCUCAAAAAUGUUUGAUAAUUACUUAAUUAUGUGUUUAGUUACGUCAAUUUUUACACAUUUAAAACAUUAAAUUAAUAUUAUUUAAUAUGUAUGUUACAUUAUUAUUACGAUAUAAAAAAGAACAAAUAAUAUUAUUGUAUAGAUGUCCUUUUAUUGUUGUGUAUGAUUGUUGAUUAUAUAUUAUUAUUAUAAUAUUAAAUGCAUGUCACGGAUGUUUUUUUAGGUAAAAUAUAAUAUAAUAUAUUAUAAUGUAUAUUAUAUAUUUAAAUUAAAAUAAAAUAUUACGACAAAUAAAAUGUUUGUGACACCAAGUAUAUAUUAUUAUAUAAAGAUUACCUAUUAUUAUUAUUAUUAUUAUAUAAAAAUCCGUCUAAUAAAAUAUAG